UUGGUUGCGUUAAAACUAGUGAAAUGGUCUCACUUCUUAAAUUACGAACCAUGUAUUUUAUUGUUAGCAGUUGAGAGUUGUAACAAAUUGCAUUUAAGCGUCUGUACUGAAAUAAUGGGGCAUACAAAUUCAAUUUUAAAUAAUUAUUUAUCAAUGAAGACCUUGCCCAUUUUACCUCUCGCAAAAGUGAAAACAGUUUUGGCCGAUUUAUAAAAGUAGGCUUAAAAAUGCAGUUAUUAAUCGGUUUUUGGAUAACUCUCGCAUUUGUUAUUUAUAUUUUCGCAGGACAUAUCUAUAAUCCAAAACGAAUACUUCGCGUAAAGGAUCCAGAUUCCAAUCUGAACUUUGCCUUCUUCUUAUAUUUAUUAAAGCCAUUGGCUUCGCACGAAGCAUGUUUCGCUGAUUAUGAUAAUCCGAUGUCAACAAAUCGAUAUAGAAAAAUGACCGAAGUAUCAUUUAACAAUAAAUACAACCGAACAUGCCGUCUACACUACAAUCCCCACUAUAAAUUCACCAAGUCAAAGAUUACUUCAGAAACCACAAAUGAAAAUCACUAUCGGACGCACUUCUUAAAUACGAUUCUUAGCUGGCGGAAUGCAGUUUUCAACCUUUUCCCAGCUUGGAACUAUCACUUCUUUUGGGUGCAAAAUCUCCAAAUUGAAUGCAAACAUAUUCAAAAAUUGAGCAGUACAAAGAGGAGGAUUGUUGCUAACAAAUUAUUGGAAUCAAAGAAGCUAAAACUGUCUAAAAUAGGGCUUCGUCUUAACUCAAAAAUACUACGGUUUUUUUUAUGGAUUCUAAGACGAAGGAUUUCAUUAUUAAACACGCCUCGAGGACUCAAGAAAAAAAGAAUGGAAAAGGCUGAAUUUUUCGAAUAUUUGUCGGCAACCGAAACACCCGAACUAUUUGAUAAUUUAGAGCAUUUAGAAAAUAACAGAAAACUAAAUUUCGCUUCACAAGAAAUAUUGGAACUGCAUAAUCAGACUAAUUUGAAAGAUAAACAACAUAUAUAUAUAUGGAAAAACUUAACAAGGUCCUUAAGCAAAGAUGAUAAUUUAAACCAUAUUGUUACAAAAGUAAACAUGAGCGAUUACCAAUCAAAAAAUACAAAAUCGAUUAACCCCAUUGAGGAUAUUUUACCUUCACCAUCUACAAAAACGUAUAAUUUAGGAAGAUUUGCCAGAAACCAAGGAUUGUUACUAAUGGAAACGACUCCAAUAAUCAGUGCAAAAAUAAAUGUUUCAAGUUCGGACUCGGACUCAACAUCAGAUUGUGAAUUAUGCUCUGAGUCAUUAGAUGAAACAACAAAUCUUUUCGAUUCUGCCGAAACCUGCGAGGAAUGCGCUUCACUAAGCUCAAAUAUUUUUGAUGAGCCUACUCCAACGAUAAGCGAUUCAUCGUCCACUGAAAGUAAUGAUGAAUUUCUACAGAAUUUUUCAUAUAAUAUUACGGAGCAUGCAACUUCGAUCGUUACAACAAGAAAUCCGGAGCUAAUGAGUGCUAGUAUAAAAUAUCCCAUAAGUAAAUAUAUCACAACAACGAUCGAUUCGACAAUUUUAGAAAGAACGAUAAUCAUAUUUGGCUACUUUACAGAAAUAAUAACAAUGAUUAUAUUUGAAUUUGAAACAAUAACUUUCAGCGACGAUACUGAACCAAACUCAGAUAUAACUGGAUAUACAUCAACCGAAUGCAUAAAAUGUUCAGAGCUAACAACCACUGUACCUAUUGAAACCACUAUUGAACGAACCAAACUAUCAGAAACUCCACUUCAAUUGAAUCAAAUGUCUGGUCCUUCAGUCCAUUUUUCGACUCCGAAGAAAGAUAAAUCAACAAAUCGUUUGGCAUCUCCACUCCAGUUAAAUGCAGUAACAGACAGUUCUAUCGAAGUUUUGAAUACGAAAAUCGAUCUAUUUGAUGCGGAAGAAGAAUCGAAAAUUUCGGAAUUUCUAACAGAAAACCAGCCAAGUACGAACAACGGUCAAUGGACACACACAGAAGCAACGAAACUAUCACAAUCCAUAAACCACAUAAAAAACCACAAAAUCAAAAUAGGACAAAAUGCAGAGGCAUCAUUCCACUUUAAUAUACUGCCAGGUGCUCUACACACAAUAUCGACCACAGAAAGAGCUCAUCCAACAGAAAUAAAGAAGCAGUCUGAAACUUUACCUCUGCUAAGUACAAAAUCAAUUGGUCUUAAUAUGUGCGAUUGCACUUGCAAAUUGCAAAUAGCCAAAGAUUCGUGUAUAUGCGAAUGCAACCUUAAAGAAAGCACUUCAGAUAUCUCCGAAGGUGUAACGGCAAGAUCAUCUAAACAGUCAUUAUCCACAGAAACAAAUCAAAAACUCCACAGCAUGAAAGAUUAUGCCCCAAAUGGUACUUCUUUACUAACCAAGGCUAGUCCAAAACCUUUCAGUAUUGAAGAUGUCUCAACUAAAGGAAAUGGUGCUGGUAAGAAAACCACAAUGCCAUCGGAGCUUUCAUCCUUGGUCAAGAUAGAGCCGGUAAAAAGCAGUAAACAAUCAACACAUGAUGUUUGCGAAUGCACUUGCCUAUUAGAACAUGGAAAUGACUCGUGUAUCUGCAACUGUAUGACAGAUUUUAAUUCAACAUCAAUACAAAUUUCGAGUACAGGAUCAGAUCAAACAUCCCAAAACAAAAUGGGAAAUCAAUCGCAAUCUGUUCCUCUAUUGUCCACAGAAUUUAGUGAUCUAAUCAAAAUUUCAACCAGAGACAAAAUUCAUGAUUCUCCACUAAAAUUGAGUACAACUGCUAGUGGUCUACCAAAAAAACAGACCACUGAAAUAAGCCAUUUACCUUUUCUUAGUACAAUAUCAAAAUCAAGUUCUCAUGGCUGUGAUUGUACUUGCCAAUUGGAAUCAGAAAAAGACUCCUGUAUCUGCGAAUGCAACCUUAAAGGAAGCACUUCAGACGUCUCGGCAAGUGAAUCUAAUCAGCAGAACACAACAGAACUCCACAGUGUGAAAGAUAAAGUCCUCACAACAAAAGGAAAUGGUGUUACUGAUAAUAAAACCACAACGCUAUCAAAGCUUUCAUCGUUAGAAAUGAUGGAGUCAUUGACAAGCAGUAAACUAUCUACAGAUAAUGCCUGCGAAUGCACUUGCCUAUUAGAACAAGGAAAUGACUCGUGUAUCUGCAACUGUAUUACAGAUCCCACUUCUAUUGAUGUAUCUAUCUUAACAGCAAGCCAAAUAAUAUCAAGCGAAGAUCUUCAGUACUCCUCAAAUCUACCUUCAUAUAAAAGCACACACGAAAAUACAAAUACCAAAGAAAAUGAUAAAAAUCUGUCAACAUCAUUACAAAGUUCGAGUACAGGACCAUAUCAAAUAUCCCAAAACGAAAUAGCAAAUCAAUCGCAAUAUGUUCCUCCUUCGAGCACACUAUUCAGUGAUCUAAACAAAAUUUCAAACACAGACAAAGAUCACCCAACUGAAGACGAAGUAGAAAAGAUAUCAAAAUCUCCACUAAAAUUGAGUACAACUUCUACUGGUCUACCAAAAAUACAGACAACUGAAAUAAACCAUUUACCUUUCCUAAGUACUAAAUCAAACUUUCAAUUUGAGCAAUCAAGUUUUCAUAUCUGUGAUUGUACUUGCCAAUUGGAAAUAGGAAAAGACUCGUGUAUCUGCGAAUGCAACCUUAAAGAAAAAAGCACUUCAGAAGGCUUGAAAAGUGUUACAGCAAGUGAACUUUCUAUUUAUCUCCCGCAAUCAAGUGCAACAGCAAAUAGUUUACUUACAGAUUCGAGUGCAGAAGAGCAAACAAUCCAAAAGGAAACAUCGGAACUUUCAAAAUCUUUACCUCAAUUAACAACAGAAGAAAGCAGUUCAUUCCAAGAAACCAGUGCAGAAGAAAAUCAAAUGACAGAAGUGCCAUGGAAGCAACCAAGUUCAAGAACAAAGAAUAUAUUUUCGAGUCAGACUGAAAAUGAAGACAACAUUUCUCAAGAAGAUACAAGGACACUAUCAAUUUCUCUCCCACAAUUAAGUACAACAGCAAAGAGCUUACUUACAGGAUCGAGUACAGCAGAGCAAACAAUUCGAGAGGAAACAUCGGAACUUUCGAAAUCUUUACCUCAAUUAACAACAGAAGAGAGCAGUUCAUUCCAAGAAUCCAGUGCAGAAGAAAAUCUAAUUACAGAAGUACCAUGGACACUAUCAACAUCACUUUCUCAAUCAAGUUCAAACACAAAAAAUAUAUUUUCGAGUCAGACUGUAAAUGAAGACAACAUUUCUCAAGAAGAUAUAAGGACACUAUCAACUUCUUUCCCACAAUCAAGCACAACAGCAAAUAGUUUACUUACAGUUUCAAGUGCAGAAGCGCAUACAAUUCAAGAAGAGACAUCAGAACUUUCAAAAGCUCUACCGCAAUCUACAAGAGGAGAAAUAAGUUCAUUUCAAGAACACACAACAGAAGAAAGCAGUUCAUUUCAAGAAUCCAGUGCAGAAGAAAAUCAAAUGACAGAAGUGCCAUGGACACAAUCAAGUUCAAGAACAAAGAGUCAGAGUCAGAGUGUAAAUGAAGACAAAACAUCUCAAGAAGAUACAAGGACGGUAUCGAUUUCUCAAUCAAAAACAACAACAAAUAGUUUACUUACAGAUUUGAGUGCAGAAGAUCAAACAAAGCAAGAGGAAACAUCGGAACUUUCAAAAUCUUUACCUCAAUUAACAACAGAAGAAAGCAGUUCAUUCCAAGAAUCCAGUGCGGAAGAAAAUCCAAUUACAGAAGUGCCAUGGACACUAUCAACAUCACUUUUUCAAUUAAGUUCAAACACGAAUAAUAUAUUUUCGAGUCCGAGUGAAAAUGAAGACAACAUUUCUCAAGAAGAUACAAGGACACUAUCAACUUCUUUCCCACAAUCAAGUACAACAGCAAAUAGUUUACUUACAGUUUCAAGUGCAGAAGAGCAUACAAUUCAAGAAGAGACAUCAGAACGUUCAAAAGCUCUACCUCAAUCUACAAGAGGAGAAAUAAGUUCAUUUCAAGAACACACAACAAAAGAAAGCAGUUCAUUUCAAGAAUCCAGUGCAGAAGAAAAUCAAAUGACAGAAGUGCCAUGGACACAAUUAAGUUCAAGAACAAAGAGUCAGAGUCAGAGUGUAAAUGAAGACAAAACAUCUCAAGAAGACACAAGGACACUAUCAACUUCCUUCCCACAAUCAAGUACAGCAGCACAUAGUUUACUUACAUAUUCGAGUGCAGAAGAUCAAACAAUUCGAGAGGAAACAUCGGAACUUUCAAAAUCUUUACCUCAAUUAACAACAGAAGAAAGCAGUUCAUUUCAAGAAUCCAGUGCAGAAGAAAAUCAAAUGACAGAAGUGCCAUGGACACAAUCAAGUUCAAGAACAAAGAGUCAGAGUCAGAGUGUAAAUGAAGACAAAACAUCUCAAGAAGAUACAAGGACGGUAUCAAUUUCUCAAUCAAGAACAACAACAAAUAGUUUACUUACCGAUUUGAGUGCAGAAGAUCAAACAAAGCAAGAGGAAACAACGGAACUUUCAAAAUCUUUACCUCAAUUAACAACAGAAGAAAGCAGUUCAUUCCAAGAAUCCAGUGCGGAAGAAAAUCCAAUUACAGAAGUGCCAUGGACAAUAUCAACAUCACUUUUUCAAUUAAGUUCAAACACGAAUAAUAUAUUUUCGAGUCAGACUGUAAAUGAAGACAACAUUUCUCAAGAAGAUACAAGGACACUAUCAACUUCUUUCCCACAAUCAAGUACAACAGCAAAUAGUUUACUUACAUAUUCGAGUGCAGAAGAUCAAACAAUUCGAGAGGAAACAUCGGAACUUUCAAAAUCUUUACCUCAAUUAACAACAGAAGAAAGCAGUUCAUUCCAAGAAUCCAGUGCGGAAGAAAAUCUAAUUACAGAAGUACCAUGGACACUAUCAACAUCACUUUCUCAAUCAAGUUCAAAAACAAAAAAUAUAUUUUCGAGUCAGACUGUAAAUGAAGACAACAUUUCUCAAGAAGAUACAAGGACACUAUCAACUUCUUUCCCACAAUCAAGUACAAAAGCAAAUAGUUUACUUACAGUUUCAAGUGCAGAAGAGCAUACAAUUCAAGAAGAGACAUCAGAACGUUCAAAAGCUCUACCUCAAUCUACAAGAGGAGAAAUAAGUUCAUUUCAAGAACACACAACAAAAGAAAGCAGUUCAUUUCAAGAAUCCACAGCACAUAGUUUACUUACAUAUUCGAGUGCAGAAGAUCAAACAAUUCGAGAGGAAACAUCGGAACUUUCAAAAUCUUUACCUCAAUUAACAACAGAAGAAAGCAGUUCAUUCCAAGAAUCCAGUGCGGAAGAAAAUCUAAUUACAGAAGUACCAUGGACACUAUCAACAUCACUUUCUCAAUCAAGUUCAAAAACAAAAAAUAUAUUUUCGAGACAGACUGUAAAUGAAGACAACAUUUCUCAAGAAGAUACAAGGACACUAUCAACUUCUUUCCCACAAUCAAGUACAACAGCAAAUAGUUUACUUACAGUUUCAAGUGCAGAAGCGCAUACAAUUCGAGAUGAGACAUCAGAACUUUCAAAAGCUCUACCUCAAUCUACAAGAGGAGAAAUAAGUUCAUUUCAAGAACACACAACAAAAGAAAGCAGUUCAUUUCGAGAAUCCAGUGCAGAAGAAAAUCAAAUGACAGAAGUGCCAUGGACACAAUUAAGUUCAAGAACAAAGAGUCAGAGUCAGAGUGUAAAUAAAGACAAAACAUCUCAAGAAGAUACAAGGACGGUAUCGAUUUCUCAAUCAAAAACAACAACAAAUAGUUUACUUACAGAUUUGAGUGCAGAAGAUCAAACAAAGCAAGAGGAAACAUCGGAACUUUCAAAAUCUUUACCUCAAUUAACAACAGAAGAAAGCAGUUCAUUCCAAGAAUCCAGUGCGGAAGAAAAUCCAAUUACAGAAGUGCCAUGGACACUAUCAACAUCACUUUUUCAAUUAAGUUCAAACACGAAUAAUAUAUUUUCGAGUCCGAGUGUAAAUGAAGACAACAUUUCUCAAGAUGAUACAAGGAGACUAUCAACUUCUUUCCUACAAUCAAGUACAACAGCAAAUAGUUUACUUACAGUUUCAAGUGCAGAAGAGCAUACAAUUCAAGAAGAGACAUCAGAACGUUCAAAAGCUCUACCUCAAUCUACAAGAGGAGAAAUAAGUUCAUUUCAAGAACACACAACAAAAGAAAGCAGUUCAUUUCAAGAAUCCAGUGCAGAAGAAAAUCAAAUGACAGAAGUGCCAUGGACACAAUUAAGUUCAAGAACAAAGAGUCAGAGUCAGAGUGUAAAUGAAGACAAAACAUCUCAAGAAGACACAAGGACACUAUCAACUUCCUUCCCACAAUCAAGUACAGCAGCACAUAGUUUACUUACAUAUUCGAGUGCAGAAGAUCAAACAAUUCGAGAGGAAACAUCGGAACUUUCAAAAUCUUUACCUCAAUUAACAACAGAAGAAAGCAGUUCAUUUCAAGAAUCCAGUGCAGAAGAAAAUCAAAUGACAGAAGUGCCAUGGACACAAUCAAGUUCAAGAACAAAGAGUCAGAGUCAGAGUGUAAAUGAAGACAAAACAUCUCAAGAAGAUACAAGGACGGUAUCAAUUUCUCAAUCAAGAACAACAACAAAUAGUUUACUUACCGAUUUGAGUGCAGAAGAUCAAACAAAGCAAGAGGAAACAACGGAACUUUCAAAAUCUUUACCUCAAUUAACAACAGAAGAAAGCAGUUCAUUCCAAGAAUCCAGUGCGGAAGAAAAUCCAAUUACAGAAGUGCCAUGGACAAUAUCAACAUCACUUUUUCAAUUAAGUUCAAACACGAAUAAUAUAUUUUCGAGUCAGACUGUAAAUGAAGACAACAUUUCUCAAGAAGAUACAAGGACACUAUCAACUUCCUUCCCACAAUCAAGUACAGCAGCACAUAGUUUACUUACAUAUUCGAGUGCAGAAGAUCAAACAAUUCGAGAGGAAACAUCGGAACUUUCAAAAUCUUUACCUCAAUUAACAACAGAAGAAAGCAGUUCAUUUCAAGAAUCCAGUGCAGAAGAAAAUCAAAUGACAGAAGUGCCAUGGACACAAUCAAGUUCAAGAACAAAAAGUCAGAGUCAGAGUGUAAGUGAAGACAAAACAUCUCAAGAAGAUACAAGGACGGUAUCAAUUUCUCAAUCAAGAACAACAACAAAUAGUUUACUUACCGAUUUGAGUGCAGAAGAUCAAACAAAGCAAGAGGAAACAACGGAACUUUCAAAAUCUUUACCUCAAUUAACAACAGAAGAAAGCAGUUCAUUCCAAGAAUCCAGUGCGGAAGAAAAUCCAAUAACAGAAGUGCCAUGGACAAUAUCAACAUCACUUUUUCAAUUAAGUUCAAACACGAAUAAUAUAUUUUCGAGUCAGACUGUAAAUGAAGACAACAUUUCUCAAGAAGAUACAAGGACACUAUCAACUUCUUUCCCACAAUCAAGUACAACAGCAAAUAGUUUACUUACAUAUUCGAGUGCAGAAGAUCAAACAAUUCGAGAGGAAACAUCGGAACUUUCAAAAUCUUUACCUCAAUUAACAACAGAAGAAAGCAGUUCAUUCCAAGAAUCCAGUGCGGAAGAAAAUCUAAUUACAGAAGUACCAUGGACACUAUCAACAUCACUUUCUCAAUCAAGUUCAAAAACAAAAAAUAUAUUUUCGAGUCAGACUGUAAAUGAAGACAACAUUUCUCAAGAAGAUACAAGGACACUAUCAACUUCUUUCCCACAAUCAAGUACAACAGCAAAUAGUUUACUUACAGUUUCAAGUGCAGAAGAGCAUACAAUUCGAGAAGAGACAUCAGAACUUUCAAAAGCUCUACCUCAAUCAACAAGAGGAGAAAUAAGUUCAUUUCAAGAACUCACAACAGAAGAAAGCAGUUCAUUUCAAGAAUCCAGUGCAGAAGAAAAUCAAAUGACAGAAGUGCCAUGGACACAAUCAAGUUCAAGAACAAAGAGUCAGAGUCAGAGUGUAAAUGAAGACAAAACAUCUCAAGAAGAUACAAGGACGGUAUCAAUUUCUCAAUCAAGAACAACAACAAAUAGUUUACUUACCGAUUUGAGUGCAGAAGAUCAAACAAAGCAAGAGGAAACAACGGAACUUUCAAAAUCUUUACCUCAAUUAACAACAGAAGAAAGCAGUUCAUUCCAAGAAUCCAGUGCGGAAGAAAAUCCAAUUACAGAAGUGCCAUGGACAAUAUCAACAUCACUUUUUCAAUUAAGUUCAAACACGAAUAAUAUAUUUUCGAGUCCGAGUGUAAAUGAAGACAACAUUUCUCAAGAAGAUACAAGGACACUAUCAACUUCUUUCUCACAAUCAAGUACAACAGCAAAUAGUUUACUUACAGUUUCAAGUGCAGAAGAGCAUACAAUUCAAGAAGAGACAUCAGAACUUUCAAAAGCUCUACCUCAAUUUACAAGAGGAGAAAUAAGUUCAUUUCAAGAACACACAACAGAAGAAAGCAGUUCAUUUCAAGAAUCCGGUGCAGAAAAAAAUGAAAUGACAGAAGUGCCAUGGACACAAUCAAGUUCAAGAACAAAGAGUCAGAGUCAGAGUGUAAAUGAAGACAAAACAUCUCAAGAAGACACAAGGACACUAUCAACUUCCUUCCCACAAUCAAGUACAGCAGCACAUAGUUUACUUACAUAUUCGAGUGCAGAAGAUCAAACAAUUCGAGAGGAAACAUCGGAACUUUCAAAAUCUUUACCUCAAUUAACAACAGAAGAAAGCAGUUCAUUCCAAGAAUCCAAUGCGGAAGAAAAUCUAAUUACAGAAGUACCAUGGACACUAUCAACAUCACUUUCUCAAUCAAGUUCAAAAACAAAAAUUAUAUUUUCGAGUCAGACUGUAAAUGAAGACAACAUUUCUCAAGAAGAUACAAGGACACUAUCAACUUCCUUCCCACAAUCAAGUACAACAGCAAAUAGUUUACUUACAGUUUCAAGUGCAGAAGAGCAUACAAUUCGAGAAGAGACAUCAGAACUUUCAAAAGCUCUACCUCAAUCUACAAGAGAAGAAAUAAGUUCAUUUCAAGAACACACAACAAAAGAAAGCAGUUCAUUUCAAGAAUCCAGUGCAGAAGAAAAUCAAAUGACAGAAGUGCCAUGGACACAAUCAAGUUCAAGAACAAAGAGUCAGAGUCAGAGUGUAAAUGAAGACAAAACAUCUCAAGAAGAUACAAGGACGGUAUCGAUUUCUCAAUCAAAAACAACAACAAAUAGUUUACUUACAGAUUUGAGUGCAGAAGAUCAAACAAAGCAAGAGGAAACAUCGGAACUUUCAAAAUCUUUACCUCAAUUAACAACAGAAGAAAGCAGUUCAUUCCAAGAAUCCAGUGCGGAAGAAAAUCCAAUUACAGAUGUGCCAUGGACACUAUCAACAUCACUUUUUCAAUUAAGUUCAAACACGAAUAAUAUAUUUUCGAGUCCGAGUGUAAAUGAAGACAACAUUUCUCAAGAAGAUACAAGGACACUAUCAACUUCUUUCCCACAAUCAAGUAAAACAGCAAAUAGUUUACUUACAGUUUCAAGUGCAGAAGAGCAUACAAUUCAAGAAGAGACAUCAGAACGUUCAAAAGCUCUACCUCAAUCUACAAGAGGAGAAAUAAGUUCAUUUCAAGAACACACAACAAAAGAAAGCAGUUCAUUUCAAGAAUCCAGUGCAGAAGAAAAUCAAAUGACAGAAGUGCCAUGGACACAAUCAAAUUCAAGAACAAAGAGUCAGAGUCAGAGUGUAAAUGAAGACAAAACAUCUCAAGAAGAUACAAGGACGGUAUCAAUUUCUCAAUCAAGAACAACAACAAAUAGUUUACUUACAGAUUUGAGUGCAGAAGAUCAAACACAGCAAGAGGAAACAACGGAACUUUCAAAAUCUUUACCUCAAUUAACAACAGAAGAAAGCAGUUCAUUCCAAGAAUCCAGUGCGGAAGAAAAUCCAAUUACAGAAGUGCCAUGGACAAUAUCAACAUCACUUUUUCAAUUAAGUUCAAACACGAAUAAUAUAUUUUCGAGUCCGAGUGUAAAUGAAGACAACAUUUCUCAAGAAGAUACAAGGACACUAUCAACUUCUUUCCCACAAUCAAGUAAAACAGCAAAUAGUUUACUUACAGUUUCAAGUGCAGAAGAGCAUACAAUUCAAGAAGAGACAUCAGAACGUUCAAAAGCUCUACCUCAAUCUACAAGAGGAGAAAUAAGUUCAUUUCAAGAACACACAACAAAAGAAAGCAGUUCAUUUCAAGAAUCCAGUGCAGAAGAAAAUCAAAUGACAGAAGUGCCAUGGACACAAUCAAAUUCAAGAACAAAGAGUCAGAGUCAGAGUGUAAAUGAAGACAAAACAUCUCAAGAAGAUACAAGGACGGUAUCGAUUUCUCAAUCAAAAACAACAACAAAUAGUUUACUUACAGAUUUGAGUGCAGAAGAUCAAACACAGCAAGAGGAAACAGCGGAACUUUCAAAAUCUUUACCUCAAUUAACAACAGAAGAAAGCAGUUCAUUCCAAGAAUCCAGUGCGGAAGAAAAUCCAAUUACAGAAGUGCCAUGGACAAUAUCAACAUCACUUUUUCAAUUAAGUUCAAACACGAAUAAUAUAUUUUCGAGUCCGAGUGUAAAUGAAGACAACAUUUCUCAAGAAGAUACAAGGACACUAUCAACUUCUUUCUCACAAUCAAGGACAACAGCAAAUAGUUUACUUACAGUUUCAAGUGCAGAAGAGCAUACAAUUCAAGAAGAGACAUCAGAACUUUCAAAAGCUCUACCUCAAUUUACAAGAGGAGAAAUAAGUUCAUUUCAAGAACACACAACAGAAGAAAGCAGUUCAUUUCAAGAAUCCGGUGCAGAAAAAAAUGAAAUGACAGAAGUGCCAUGGACACAAUCAAGUUCAAGAACAAAGAGUCAGAGUCAGAGUGUAAAUGAAGACAAAACAUCUCAAGAAGACACAAGGACACUAUCAACUUCCUUCCCACAAUCAAGUACAGCAGCACAUAGUUUACUUACAGUUUCAAGUGCAGAACAGCAUACAAUUCAAGAAGAGACAUCAGAACUUUCAAAAGCUCUACCUCAAUCUACAGGAGGAGAAAUAAGUUUAUUUCAAGAACACACAACAAAAGAAAGCAGUUCAUUUCAAGAAUCCAGUGCAGAAGAAAAUCAAAUGACAGAAGUGCCAUGGACACAAUCAAAUUCAAGAACAAAGAGUCAGAGUCAGAGUGUAAAUGAAGACAAAACAUCUCAAGAAGAUACAAGGACGGUAUCGAUUUCUCAAUCAAAAACAACAACAAAUAGUUUACUUACAGAUUUGAGUGCAGAAGAUCAAACACAGCAAGAGGAAACAGCGGAACUUUCAAAAUCUUUACCUCAAUUAACAACAGAAGAAAGCAGUUCAUUCCAAGAAUCCAGUGCGGAAGAAAAUCCAAUUACAGAAGUGCCAUGGACAAUAUCAACAUCACUUUCUCAAUCAAGUUCAAAGACAAAAAAUAUAUUUUCGAGUCAGACUGUAAAUGAAGACAACAUUUCUCAAGAAGAUACAAGGACACUAUCAACUUCUUUCCCACAAUCAAGUACAACAGCAAAUAGUUUACUUACAGUUUCAAGUGCAGAACAGCAUACAAUUCAAGAAGAGACAUCAGAACUUUCAAAAGCUCUACCUCAAUCUACAAGAGGAGAAAUAAGUUCAUUUCAAGAACUCACAACAGAAGAAAGCAGUUCAUUUCAAGAAUCCAGUGCAGAAGAAAAUCAAAUGACAGAAGUGCCAUGGACACAAUCAAAUUCAAGAACAAAGAGUCAGAGUCAGAGUGUAAAUGAAGACAAAACAUCUCAAGAAGACACAAGGACACUAUCAACUUCCUUCCCACAAUCAAGUACAGCAGAACAUAGUUUACUUACAUAUUCGAGUGCAGAAGAUCAAACAAUUCGAGAGGAAACAUCGGAACUUUCAAAAUCUUUACCUCAAUUAACAACAGAAGAAAGCAGUUCAUUCCAAGAAUCCAGUGCGGAAGAAAAUCUAAUUACAGAAGUACCAUGGACACUAUCAACAUCACUUUCUCAAUCAAGUUCAAAAACAAAAAUUAUAUUUUCGAGUCAGACUGUAAAUGAAGACAACAUUUCUCAAGAAGAUACAAGGACACUAUCAACUUCUUUCCCACAAUCAAGUACAAUAGCAAAUAGUUUACUUACAGUUUCAAGUGCAGAAGAGCAUACAAUUCGAGAAGAGACAUCAGAACUUUCAAAAGCUCUACCUCAAUCUACAGGAGGAGAAAUAAGUUUAUUUCAAGAACACACAACAAAAGAAAGCAGUUCAUUUCAAGAAUCCAGUGCAGAAGAAAAUCAAAUGACAGAAGUGCCAUGGACACAAUCAAGUUCAAGAACAAAGAGUCAGAGUCAGAGUGUAAAUGAAGACAAAACAUCUCAAGAAGAUACAAGGACGGUAUCGAUUUCUCAAUCAAAAACAACAACAAAUAGUUUACUUACAGAUUUGAGUGCAGAAGAUCAAACAAAGCAAGAGGAAACAUCGGAACUUUCAAAAUCUUUACCUCAAUUAACAACAGAAGAAAGCAGUUCAUUCCAAGAAUCCAGUGCGGAAGAAAAUCCAAUUACAGAAUUGCCUUGGACACUAUCAACAUCACUUUUUCAAUUAAGUUCAAACACGAAUAAUAUAUUUUCGAGUCCGAGUGUAAAUGAAGACAACAUUUCUCAAGAAGAUACAAGGACACUAUCAACUUCUUUCCCACCAUUAAGUACAACAGCAAAUAGUUUACUUACAGUUUCAAGUGCAGAAGAGCAUACAAUUCAAGAAGAGACAUCAGAACUUUCAAAAGCUCUACCUCAAUCUACAAGAGGAGAAAUAAGUUCAUUUCAAGAACACACAACAAAAGAAAGCAGUUCAUUUCAAGAAUCCAGUGCAGAAGAAAAUCAAAUGACAGAAGCGCCAUGGACACAAUCAAGUUCAAGAACAAAGAGUCAGAGUCAGAGUGUAAAUGAAGACAAAACAUCUCAAGAAGAUACAAGGACGGUAUCAAUUUCUCAAUCAAGAACAACAACAAAUAGUUUACUUACAGAUUUGAGUGCAGAAGAUCAAACAAAGGAAGAGAAAACAUCGGAACUUUCAAAAUCUUUACCUCAAUUAACAACAGAAGAAAGCAGUUCAUUCCAAGAAUCCAGUGCGGAAGAAAAUCCAAUUACAGAUGUGCCAUGGACACUAUCAACAUCACUUUUUCAAUUAAGUUCAAACACGAAUAAUAUAUUUUCGAGUCCGAGUGUAAAUGAAGACAACAUUUCUCAAGAAGAUACAAGGACACUAUCAACUUCUUUCUCACAAUCAAGUACAACAGCAAAUAGUUUACUUACAGUUUCAAGUGCAGAAGAGCAUACAAUUCAAGAAGAGACAUCAGAACGUUCAAAAGCUCUACCUCAAUCUACAAGAGGAGAAAUAAGUUCAUUUCAAGAACACACAACAAAAGAAAGCAGUUCAUUUCAAGAAUCCAGUGCAGAAGAAAAUCAAAUGACAGAAGUGCCAUGGACACAAUCAAGUUCAAGAACAAAGAGUCAGAGUCAGAGUGUAAAUGAAGACAAAACAUCUCAAGAAGAUACAAGGACGGUAUCGAUUUCUCAAUCAAAAACAACAACAAAUAGUUUACUUACAGAUUUGAGUGCAGAAGAUCAAACAAAGCAAGAGGAAACAUCGGAACUUUCAAAAUCUUUACCUCAAUUAACAACAGAAGAAAGCAGUUCAUUCCAAGAAUCCAGUGCGGAAGAAAAUCCAAUUACAGAAUUGCCUUGGACACUAUCAACAUCACUUUUUCAAUUAAGUUCAAACACGAAUAAUAUAUUUUCGAGUCCGAGUGUAAAUGAAGACAACAUUUCUCAAGAAGAUACAAGGACACUAUCAACUUCUUUCCCACCAUUAAGUACAACAGCAAAUAGUUUACUUACAGUUUCAAGUGCAGAAGAGCAUACAAUUCAAGAAGAGACAUCGGAACUUUCAAAAUCUUUACCUCAAUUAACAACAGAAGAAAGCAGUUCAUUCCAAGAAUCCAGUGCGGAAGAAAAUCCAAUUACAGAUGUGCCAUGGACACUAUCAACAUCACUUUUUCAAUUAAGUUCAAACACGAAUAAUAUAUUUUCGAGUCCGAGUGUAAAUGAAGACAACAUUUCUCAAGAAGAUACAAGGACACUAUCAACUUCUUUCUCACAAUCAAGUACAACAGCAAAUAGUUUACUUACAGUUUCAAGUGCAGAAGAGCAUACAAUUCAAGAAGAGACAUCAGAACGUUCAAAAGCUCUACCUCAAUCUACAAGAGGAGAAAUAAGUUCAUUUCAAGAACACACAACAAAAGAAAGCAGUUCAUUUCAAGAAUCCAGUGCAGAAGAAAAUCAAAUGACAGAAGUGCCAUGGACGCAAUCAAAUUCAAGAACAAAGAGUCAGAGUCAGAGUGUAAAUGAAGACAAAACAUCUCAAGAAGACACAAGGACACUAUCAACUUCCUUCCCACAAUCAAGUACAGCAGCACAUAGUUUACUUACAUAUUCGAGUGCAGAAGAUCAAACAAUUCGAGAGAAAACAUCGGAACUUUCAAAAUCUUUACCUCAAUUAACAACAGAAGAAAGCAGUUCAUUCCAAGAAUCCAGUGCGGAAGAAAAUCUAAUUACAGAAGUACCAUGGACACUAUCAACAUCACUUUCUCAAUCAAGUUCAAAGACAAAAAAUAUAUUUUCGAGUCAGACUGUAAAUGAAGACAACAUUUCUCAAGAAGAUACAAGGACACUAUCAACUUCUUUCCCACAAUCAAGUACAACAGCAAAUAGUUUACUUACAGUUUCAAGUGCAGAACAGCAUACAAUUCAAGAAGAGACAUCAGAACUUUCAAAAGCUCUACCUCAAUCUACAAGAGGAGAAAUAAGUUCAUUUCAAGAACUCACAACAGAAGAAAGCAGUUCAUUUCAAGAAUCCAGUGCAGAAGAAAAUCAAAUGACAGAAGUGCCAUGGACACAAUCAAAUUCAAGAACAAAGAGUCAGAGUCAGAGUGUAAAUGAAGACAAAACAUCUCAAGAAGACACAAGGACACUAUCAACUUCCUUCCCACAAUCAAGUACAGCAGAACAUAGUUUACUUACAUAUUCGAGUGCAGAAGAUCAAACAAUUCGAGAGGAAACAUCGGAACUUUCAAAAUCUUUACCUCAAUUAACAACAGAAGAAAGCAGUUCAUUCCAAGAAUCCAGUGCGGAAGAAAAUCCAAUUACAGAAGUGCCAUGGACACUAUCAACAUCACUUUUUCAAUUAAGUUCAAACACGAAUAAUAUAUUUUCGAGUCCGAGUGUAAAUGAAGACAACAUUUCUCAAGAAGAUACAAGGACACUAUCAACUUCUAUCUCACAAUCAAGUACAACAGCAAAUAGUUUACUUACAGUUUCAAGUGCAGAAGAGCAUACAAUUCGAGAAGAGACAUCAGAACUUUCAAAAGCUCUACCUCAAUCUACAAGAGAAGAAAUAAGUUCAUUUCAAGAACUCACAACAGAAGAAAGCAGUUCAUUUCAAGAAUCCAGUGCAGAAGAAAAUCAAAUGACAGAAGUGCCAUGGACACAAUCAAGUUCAAGAACAAAGAGUCAGAGUCAGAGUGUAAAUGAAGACAAAACAUCUCAAGAAGAUACAAGGACGGUAUCGAUUUCUCAAUCAAAAACAACAACAAAUAGUUUACUUACAGAUUUGAGUGCAGAAGAUCAAACAAAGCAAGAGGAAACAUCGGAACUUUCAAAAUCUUUACCUCAAUUAACAACAGAAGAAAGCAGUUCAUUCCAAGAAUCCAGUGCGGAAGAAAAUCCAAUUACAGAAGUGCCAUGGACACUAUCAACAUCACUUUUUCAAUUAAGUUCAAACACGAAUAAUAUAUUUUCGAGUCCGAGUAUAAAUGAAGACAACAUUUCUCAAGAAGAUACAAGGACACUAUCAACUUCUUUCCCACAAUCAAGUACAACAGCAAAUAGUUUACUUACAGUUUCAAGUGCAGAAGAGCAUACAAUUCGAGAAGAGACAUCAGAACUUUCAAAAGCUCUACCUCAAUCUACAAGAGGAGAAAUAAGUUCAUUUCAAGAACACACAACAAAAGAAAGUUCAUUUCAAGAAUCCAGUGCAGAAGAAAAUCAAAUGACAGAAGUGCCAUGGACACAAUCAAGUUCAAGAACAAAGAGUCAGAGUCAGAGUGUAAAUGAAGACAAAACAUCUCAAGAAGAUACAAGGACGGUAUCGAUUUCUCAAUCAAAAACAACAACAAAUAGUUUACUUACAGAUUUGAGUGCAGAAGAUCAAACAAAGCAAGAGGAAACAUCGGAACUUUCAAAAUCUUUACCUCAAUUAACAACAGAAGAAAGCAGUUCAUUCCAAGAAUCCAGUGCGGAAGAAAAUCCUAUUACAGAAGUGCCUUGGACACUAUCAACAUCACUUUUUCAAUUAAGUUCAAACACGAAUAAUAUAUUUUCGAGUCCGAGUGUAAAUGAAGACAACAUUUCUCAAGAAGAUACAAGGACACUAUCAACUUCCUUCCCACAAUCAAGUAAAACAGCAAAUAGUUUACUUACAGUUUCAAGUGCAGAAGAGCAUACAAUUCAAGAAGAGACAUCAGAACGUUCAAAAGCUCUACCUCAAUCUACAAGAGGAGAAAAAAGUUCAUUUCAAGAACACACAACAAAAGAAAGCAGUUCAUUUCAAGAAUCCAGUGCAGAAGAAAAUCAAAUGACAGAAGUGCCAUGGACACAAUCAAAUUCAAGAACAAAGAGUCAGAGUCAGAGUGUAAAUGAAGACAAAACAUCUCAAGAAGACACAAGGACACUAUCAACUUCCUUCCCACAAUCAAGUACAGCAGCACAUAGUUUACUUACAUAUUCGAGUGCAGAAGAUCAAACAAUUCGAGAGGAAACAUCGGAACUUUCAAAAUCUUUACCUCAAUUAACAACAGAAGAAAGCAGUUCAUUUCAAGAAUCCAGUGCAGAGGAAAAUCAAAUGACAGAAGUGCCUUGGACACAAUCAAGUUCAAGAACAAAGAGUCAGAGUCAGAGUGUAAAUGAAGACAAAACAUCUCAAGAAGAUACAAGGACGGUAUCGAUUUCUCAAUCAAAAACAACAACAAAUAGUUUACUUACAGAUUUGAGUGCAGAAGAUCAAACAAAGCAAGAGGAAACAUCGGAACUUUCAAAAUCUUUACCUCAAUUAACAACAGAAGAAAGCAGUUCAUUCCAAGAAUCCAGUGCGGAAGAAAAUCCAAUUACAGAAGUGCCAUGGACAAUAUCAACAUCACUUUUUCAAUUAAGUUCAAACACGAAUAAUAUAUUUUCGAGUCCGAGUGUAAAUGAAGACAACAUUUCUCAAGAAGAUACAAGGACACUAUCAACUUCUAUCUCACAAUCAAGUACAACAGCAAAUAGUUUACUUACAGUUUCAAGUGCAGAAGAGCAUACAAUUCAAGAAGAGACAUCAGAACUUUCAAAAGCUCUACCUCAAUCUACAAGAGGAGAAAUAAGUUCAUUUCAAGAACUCACAACAGAAGAAAGCGGUUCAUUUCAAGAAUCCAGUGCAGAAGAAAAUCAAAUGACAGAAGUGCCUUGGACACAAUCAAGUUCAAGAACAAAGAGUCAGAGUCAGAGUGUAAAUGAAGACAAAACAUCUCAAGAAGAUACAAGGACGGUAUCGAUUUCUCAAUCAAAAACAACAACAAAUAGUUUACUUACAGAUUUGAGUGCAGAAGAUCAAACACAGCAAGAGGAAACAGCGGAACUUUCAAAAUCUUUACCUCAAUUAACAACAGAAGAAAGCAGUUCAUUCCAAGAAUCCAGUGCGGAAGAAAGUCCAAUUACAAAAGUGCCAUGGACACUAUCAACAUCACUUUUUCAAUUAAGUUCAAACACGAAUAAUAUAUUUUCGAGUCCGAGUGUAAAUGAAGACAACAUUUCUCAAGAAGAUACAAGGACACUAUCAACUUCUUUCUCACAAUCAAGGACAACAGCAAAUAGUUUACUUACAGUUUCAAGUGCAGAAGAGCAUACAAUUCAAGAAGAGACAUCAGAACUUUCAAAAGCUCUACCUCAAUUUACAAGAGGAGAAAUAAGUUCAUUUCAAGAACACACAACAGAAGAAAGCAGUUCAUUUCAAGAAUCCGGUGCAGAAAAAAAUGAAAUGACAGAAGUGCCAUGGACACAAUCAAGUUCAAGAACAAAGAGUCAGAGUCAGAGUGUAAAUGAAGACAAAACAUCUCAAGAAGACACAAGGACACUAUCAACUUCCUUCCCACAAUCAAGUGCAGCAGAACAUAGUUUACUUACAUAUUCGAGUGCAGAAGAUCAAACAAUUCGAGAGGAAACAUCGGAACUUUCAAAAUCUUUACCUCAAUUAACAACAGAAGAAAGCAGUUCAUUCCAAGAAUCCAGUGCGGAAGAAAAUCCAAUUACAGAAGUGCCAUGGACAAUAUCAACAUCACUUUUUCAAUUAAGUUCAAACACGAAUAAUAUAUUUUCGAGUCCGAGUGUAAAUGAAGACAACAUUUCUCAAGAAGAUACAAGGACACUAUCAACUUCUAUCUCACAAUCAAGUACAACAGCAAAUAGUUUACUUACAGUUUCAAGUAGUCAGAGUGUAAAUGAAGACAAAACAUCUCAAGAAGAUACAAGGACGGUAUCGAUUUCUCAAUCAAAAACAACAACAAAUAGUUUACUUACAGAUUUGAGUGCAGAAGAUCAAACAAAGCAAGAGGAAACAUCGGAACUUUCAAAAUCUUUACCUCAAUUAACAACAGAAGAAAGCAGUUCAUUCCAAGAAUCCAGUGCGGAAGAAAAUCCAAUUACAGAAGUGCCAUGGACACUAUCAACAUCACUUUUUCAAUUAAGUUCAAACACGAAUAAUAUAUUUUCGAGUCCGAGUGUAAAUGAAGACAACAUUUCUCAAGAAGAUACAAGGACACUAUCAACUUCUUUCCCACAAUCAAGUACAACAGCAAAUAGUUUACUUACAGUUUCAAGUGCAGAAGAGCAUACAAUUCGAGAAGAGACAUCAGAACUUUCAAAAGCUCUACCUCAAUCUACAAGAGGAGAAAUAAGUUCAUUUCAAGAACACACAACAAAAGAAAGUUCAUUUCAAGAAUCCAGUGCAGAAGAAAAUCAAAUGACAGAAGUGCCAUGGACACAAUCAAGUUCAAGAACAAAGAGUCAGAGUCAGAGUGUAAAUGAAGACAAAACAUCUCAAGAAGAUACAAGGACGGUAUCGAUUUCUCAAUCAAAAACAACAACAAAUAGUUUACUUACAGAUUUGAGUGCAGAAGAUCAAACAAAGCAAGAGGAAACAUCGGAACUUUCAAAAUCUUUACCUCAAUUAACAACAGAAGAAAGCAGUUCAUUCCAAGAAUCCAGUGCGGAAGAAAAUCCUAUUACAGAAGUGCCUUGGACACUAUCAACAUCACUUUUUCAAUUAAGUUCAAACACGAAUAAUAUAUUUUCGAGUCCGAGUGUAAAUGAAGACAACAUUUCUCAAGAAGAUACAAGGACACUAUCAACUUCCUUCCCACAAUCAAGUAAAACAGCAAAUAGUUUACUUACAGUUUCAAGUGCAGAAGAGCAUACAAUUCAAGAAGAGACAUCAGAACGUUCAAAAGCUCUACCUCAAUCUACAAGAGGAGAAAAAAGUUCAUUUCAAGAACACACAACAAAAGAAAGCAGUUCAUUUCAAGAAUCCAGUGCAGAAGAAAAUCAAAUGACAGAAGUGCCAUGGACACAAUCAAAUUCAAGAACAAAGAGUCAGAGUCAGAGUGUAAAUGAAGACAAAACAUCUCAAGAAGACACAAGGACACUAUCAACUUCCUUCCCACAAUCAAGUACAGCAGCACAUAGUUUACUUACAUAUUCGAGUGCAGAAGAUCAAACAAUUCGAGAGGAAACAUCGGAACUUUCAAAAUCUUUACCUCAAUUAACAACAGAAGAAAGCAGUUCAUUUCAAGAAUCCAGUGCAGAGGAAAAUCAAAUGACAGAAGUGCCUUGGACACAAUCAAGUUCAAGAACAAAGAGUCAGAGUCAGAGUGUAAAUGAAGACAAAACAUCUCAAGAAGAUACAAGGACGGUAUCGAUUUCUCAAUCAAAAACAACAACAAAUAGUUUACUUACAGAUUUGAGUGCAGAAGAUCAAACAAAGCAAGAGGAAACAUCGGAACUUUCAAAAUCUUUACCUCAAUUAACAACAGAAGAAAGCAGUUCAUUCCAAGAAUCCAGUGCGGAAGAAAAUCCAAUUACAGAAGUGCCAUGGACAAUAUCAACAUCACUUUUUCAAUUAAGUUCAAACACGAAUAAUAUAUUUUCGAGUCCGAGUGUAAAUGAAGACAACAUUUCUCAAGAAGAUACAAGGACACUAUCAACUUCUAUCUCACAAUCAAGUACAACAGCAAAUAGUUUACUUACAGUUUCAAGUGCAGAAGAGCAUACAAUUCAAGAAGAGACAUCAGAACUUUCAAAAGCUCUACCUCAAUCUACAAGAGGAGAAAUAAGUUCAUUUCAAGAACUCACAACAGAAGAAAGCGGUUCAUUUCAAGAAUCCAGUGCAGAAGAAAAUCAAAUGACAGAAGUGCCAUGGACACAAUCAAGUUCAAGAACAAAGAGUCAGAGUCAGAGUGUAAAUGAAGACAAAACAUCUCAAGAAGAUACAAGGACGGUAUCGAUUUCUCAAUCAAAAACAACAACAAAUAGUUUACUUACAGAUUUGAGUGCAGAAGAUCAAACAAAGCAAGAGGAAACAUCGGAACUUUCAAAAUCUUUACCUCAAUUAACAACAGAAGAAAGCAGUUCAUUCCAAGAAUCCAGUGCGGAAGAAAGUCCAAUUACAAAAGUGCCAUGGACACUAUCAACAUCACUUUUUCAAUUAAGUUCAAACACGAAUAAUAUAUUUUCGAGUCCGAGUGUAAAUGAAGACAACAUUUCUCAAGAAGAUACAAGGACACUAUCAACUUCUUUCCCACAAUCAAGUACAACAGCAAAUAGUUUACUUACAGUUUCAAGUGCAGAACAGCAUACAAUUCAAGAAGAGACAUCAGAACUUUCAAAAGCUCUACCUCAAUCUACAAGAGGAGAAAUAAGUUCAUUUCAAGAACACACAACAGAAGAAAGCAGUUCAUUUCAAGAAUCCAGUGCAGAAGAAAAUCAAAUGACAGAAGUGCCAUGGACACAAUCAAGUUCAAGAACAAAGAGUCAGAGUCAGAGUGUAAAUGAAGACAAAACAUCUCAAGAAGAUACAAGGACGGUAUCAAUUUCUCAAUCAAGAACAACAACAAAUAGUUUACUUACAGAUUUGCGUGCAGAAGAUCAAACAAAGCAAGAGAAAACAUCGGAACUUUCAAAAUCUUUACCUCAAUUAACAACAGAAGAAAGCAGUUCAUUCCAAGAAUCCAGUGCGGAAGAAAAUCUAAUUACAGAAGUACCAUGGACACUAUCAACAUCACUUUCUCAAUCAAGUUCAAAAACAAAAAAUAUAUUUUCGAGUCAGACUGUAAAUGAAGACAACAUUUCUCAAGAAGAUACAAGGACACUAUCAACUUCUUUCCCACAAUCAAGUAAAACAGCAAAUAGUUUACUUACAGUUUCAAGUGCAGAAGAGCAUACAAUUCAAGAAGAGACAUCAGAACUUUCAAAAGCUCUACCUCAAUCUACAAGAGGAGAAAUAAGUUCAUUUCAAGAACUCACAACAGAAGAAAGCAGUUCAUUUCAAGAAUCCAGUGCAGAAGAAAAUCAAAUGACAGAAGUGCCAUGGACACAAUCAAGUUCAAGAACAAAGAGUCAGAGUCAGAGUGUAAAUGAAGACAAAACAUCUCAAGAAGAUACAAGGACGGUAUCAAUUUCUCAAUCAAGAACAACAACAAAUAGUUUACUUACAGAUUUGAGUGCAGAAGAUCAAACAAAGCAAGAGAAAACAUCGGAACUUUCAAAAUCUUUACCUCAAUUAACAACAGAAGAAAGCAGUUCAUUCCAAGAAUCCAGUGCGGAAGAAAAUCCAAUUACAGAAGUGCCAUGGACAAUAUCAACAUCACUUUUUCAAUUAAGUUCAAACACGAAUAAUAUAUUUUCGAGUCCGAGUGUAAAUGAAGACAACAUUUCUCAAGAAGAUACAAGGACACUAUCAAAUUCUUUCUCACAAUCAAGUACAACAGCAAAUAGUUUACUUACAGUUUCAAGUGGAGAAGAGCAUACAAUUCAAGAAGAGACAUCAGAACUUUCAAAAGCUCUACCUCAAUCUACAAGAGGAGAAAUAAGUUCAUUUCAAGAACUCACAACAGAAGAAAGCAGUUCAUUUCAAAUGACAGAAGUGCCAUGGACACAAUCAAGUUCAAGAACAAAGAGUCAGAGUCAGAGUGUAAAUGAAGACAAAACAUCUCAAGAAGACACAAGGACACUAUCAACUUCCUUCCCACAAUCAAGUACAGCAGCACAUAGUUUACUUACAUAUUCGAGUGCAGAAGAUCAAACAAUUCGAGAGGAAACAUCGGAACUUUCAAAAUCUUUACCUCAAUUAACAACAGAAGAAAGCAGUUCAUUCCAAGAAUCCAGUGCGGAAGAAAAUCCAAUUACAGAAGUACCAUGGACACUAUCAACAUCACUUUCUCAAUCAAGUUCAAACACAAAAAAUAUAUUUUCGAGUCAGACUGUAAAUGAAGACAACAUUUCUCAAGAAGAUACAAGGACACUAUCAACUUCUUUCCCACAAUCAAGUACAACAGCAAAUAGUUUACUUACAGUUUCAAGUGCAGAACAGCAUACAAUUCAAGAAGAGACAUCAGAACUUUCAAAAGCUCUACCUCAAUCUACAAGAGGAGAAAUAAGUUCAUUUCAAGAACUCACAACAGAAGAAAGCAGUUCAUUUCAAGAAUCCAGUGCAGAAGAAAAUCAAAUGACAGAAGUGCCAUGGACACAAUCAAGUUCAAGAACAAAGAGUCAGAGUCAGAGUGUAAAUGAAGACAAAACAUCUCAAGAAGAUACAAGGACGGUAUCGAUUUCUCAAUCAAAAACAACAACAAAUAGUUUACUUACAGAUUUGAGUGCAGAAGAUCAAACAAAGCAAGAGGAAACAUCGGAACUUUCAAAAUCUUUACCUCAAUUAACAACAGAAGAAAGCAGUUCAUUCCAAGAAUCCAGUGCGGAAGAAAAUCCAAUUACAGAAGUGCCAUGGACACUAUCAACAUCACUUUUUCAAUUAAGUUCAAACACGAAUAAUAUAUUUUCGAGUCCGAGUGUAAAUGAAGACAACAUUUCUCAAGAAGAUACAAGGACACUAUCAACUUCUUUCCCACAAUCAAGUACAACAGCAAAUAGUUUACUUACAGUUUCAAGUGCAGAAGAGCAUACAAUUCGAGAAGAGACAUCAGAACUUUCAAAAGCUCUACCUCAAUCUACAAGAGGAGAAAUAAGUUCAUUUCAAGAACACACAACAGAAGAAAGCAGUUCAUUUCAAGAAUCCAGUGCAGAAGAAAAUCAAAUGACACAAGUGCCAUGGACACAAUCAAGUUCAAGAACAAAGAGUCAGAGUCAGAGUGUAAAUGAAGACAAAACAUCUCAAGAAGAUACAAGGACGGUAUCGAUUUCUCAAUCAAAAACAACAACAAAUAGUUUACUUACAGAUUUGAGUGCAGAAGAUCAAACAAAGCAAGAGGAAACAUCGGAACUUUCAAAAUCUUUACCUCAAUUAACAACAGAAGAAAGCAGUUCAUUCCAAGAAUCCAGUGCGGAAGAAAAUCCUAUUACAGAAGUGCCUUGGACACUAUCAACAUCACUUUUUCAAUUAAGUUCAAACACGAAUAAUAUAUUUUCGAGUCCGAGUGUAAAUGAAGACAACAUUUCUCAAGAAGAUACAAGGACACUAUCAACUUCCUUCCCACAAUCAAGUAAAACAGCAAAUAGUUUACUUACAGUUUCAAGUGCAGAAGAGCAUACAAUUCAAGAAGAGACAUCAGAACGUUCAAAAGCUCUACCUCAAUCUACAAGAGGAGAAAAAAGUUCAUUUCAAGAACACACAACAAAAGAAAGCAGUUCAUUUCAAGAAUCCAGUGCAGAAGAAAAUCAAAUGACAGAAGUGCCAUGGACACAAUCAAAUUCAAGAACAAAGAGUCAGAGUCAGAGUGUAAAUGAAGACAAAACAUCUCAAGAAGACACAAGGACACUAUCAACUUCCUUCCCACAAUCAAGUACAGCAGCACAUAGUUUACUUACAUAUUCGAGUGCAGAAGAUCAAACAAUUCGAGAGGAAACAUCGGAACUUUCAAAAUCUUUACCUCAAUUAACAACAGAAGAAAGCAGUUCAUUUCAAGAAUCCAGUGCAGAGGAAAAUCAAAUGACAGAAGUGCCUUGGACACAAUCAAGUUCAAGAACAAAGAGUCAGAGUCAGAGUGUAAAUGAAGACAAAACAUCUCAAGAAGAUACAAGGACGGUAUCGAUUUGUCAAUCAAAAACAACAACAAAUAGUUUACUUACAGAUUUGAGUGCAGAAGAUCAAACAAAGCAAGAGGAAACAUCGGAACUUUCAAAAUCUUUACCUCAAUUAACAACAGAAGAAAGCAGUUCAUUCCAAGAAUCCAGUGCGGAAGAAAAUCCAAUUACAGAAGUGCCAUGGACACUAUCAACAUCACUUUUUCAAUUAAGUUCAAACACGAAUAAUAUAUUUUCGAGUCCGAGUGUAAAUGAAGACAACAUUUCUCAAGAAGAUACAAGGACACUAUCAACUUCUUUCCCACAAUCAAGUACAACAGCAAAUAGUUUACUUACAGUUUCAAGUGCAGAACAGCAUACAAUUCAAGAAGAGACAUCAGAACUUUCAAAAGCUCUACCUCAAUCUACAAGAGGAGAAAUAAGUUCAUUUCAAGAACUCACAACAGAAGAAAGCAGUUCAUUUCAAGAAUCCAGUGCAGAAGAAAAUCAAAUGACAGAAGUGCCAUGGACACAAUCAAGUUCAAGAACAAAGAGUCAGAGUCAGAGUGUAAAUGAAGACAAAACAUCUCAAGAAGAUACAAGGACGGUAUCAAUUUCUCAAUCAAGAACAACAACAAAUAGUUUACUUACAGAUUUGAGUGCAGAAGAUCAAACAAAGCAAGAGGAAACAUCGGAACUUUCAAAAUCUUUACCUCAAUUAACAACAGAAGAAAGCAGUUCAUUCCAAGAAUCCAGUGCGGAAGAAAAUCCAAUUACAGAAGUGCCAUGGACAAUAUCAACAUCACUUUUUCAAUUAAGUUCAAACACGAAUAAUAUAUUUUCGAGUCCGAGUGUAAAUGAAGACAACAUUUCUCAAGAAGAUACAAGGACACUAUCAACUUCUUUCCCACAAUCAAGUACAACAGCAAAUAGUUUACUUACAGUUUCAAGUGCAGAACAGCAUACAAUUCAAGAAGAGACAUCAGAACUUUCAAAAGCUCUACCUCAAUCUACAAGAGGAGAAAUAAGUUCAUUUCAAGAACACACAACAGAAGAAAGCAGUUCAUUUCAAGAAUCCAGUGCAGAAGAAAAUCAAAUGACAGAAGUGCCAUGGACACAAUCAAGUUCAAGAACAAAGAGUCAGAGUCAGAGUGUAAAUGAAGACAAAACAUCUCAAGAAGAUACAAGGACGGUAUCGAUUUCUCAAUCAAAAACAACAACAAAUAGUUUACUUACAGAUUUGAGUGCAGAAGAUCAAACAAAGCAAGAGGAAACAUCGGAACUUUCAAAAUCUUUACCUCAAUUAACAACAGAAGAAAGCAGUUCAUUCCAAGAAUCCAGUGCGGAAGAAAAUCCAAUUACAGAAGUGCCAUGGACACUAUCAACAUCACUUUUUCAAUUAAGUUCAAACACGAAUAAUAUAUUUUCGAGUCCGAGUGUAAAUGAAGACAACAUUUCUCAAGAAGAUACAAGGACACUAUCAACUUCUUUCCCACAAUCAAGUAAAACAGCAAAUAGUUUACUUACAGUUUCAAGUGCAGAAGAGCAUACAAUUCAAGAAGAGACAUCAGAACGUUCAAAAGCUCUACCUCAAUCUACAAGAGGAGAAAUAAGUUCAUUUCAAGAACACACAACAAAAGAAAGCAGUUCAUUUCAAGAAUCCAGUGCAGAAGAAAAUCAAAUGACAGAAGUGCCAUGGACACAAUCAAAUUCAAGAACAAAGAGUCAGAGUCAGAGUGUAAAUGAAGACAAAACAUCUCAAGAAGACACAAGGACACUAUCAACUUCCUUCCCACAAUCAAGUACAGCAGCACAUAGUUUACUUACAUAUUCGAGUGCAGAAGAUCAAACAAUUCGAGAGGAAACAUCGGAACUUUCAAAAUCUUUACCUCAAUUAACAACAGAAGAAAGCAGUUCAUUCCAAGAAUCCAGUGCGGAAGAAAAUCCAAUUACAGAAGUACCAUGGACACUAUCAACAUCACUUUCUCAAUCAAGUUCAAACACAAAAAAUAUAUUUUCGAGUCAGACUGUAAAUGAAGACAACAUUUCUCAAGAAGAUACAAGGACACUAUCAACUUCUUUCCCACAAUCAAGUACAACAGCAAAUAGUUUACUUGCAGUUUCAAGUGCAGAACAGCAUACAAUUCAAGAAGAGACAUCAGAACUUUCAAAAGCUCUACCUCAAUCUACAAGAGGAGAAAUAAGUUCAUUUCAAGAACUCACAACAGAAGAAAGCGGUUCAUUUCAAGAAUCCAGUGCAGAGGAAAAUCAAAUGACAGAAGUGCCUUGGACACAAUCAAGUUCAAGAACAAAGAGUCAGAGUCAGAGUGUAAAUGAAGACAAAACAUCUCAAGAAGAUACAAGGACGGUAUCGAUUUCUCAAUCAAAAACAACAACAAAUAGUUUACUUACAGAUUUGAGUGCAGAAGAUCAAACAAAGCAAGAGGAAACAUCGGAACUUUCAAAAUCUUUACCUCAAUUAACAACAGAAGAAAGCAGUUCAUUGCAAGAAUCCAGUGCGGAAGAAAAUCCAAUUACAGAAGUGCCUUGGACACUAUCAACAUCACUUUUUCAAUUAAGUUCAAACACGAAUAAUAUAUUUUCGAGUCCGAGUGUAAAUGAAGACAACAUUUCUCAAGAAGAUACAAGGACACUAUCAACUUCUUUCCCACAAUCAAGUACAACAGCAAAUAGUUUACUUACAGUUUCAAGUGCAGAAGAGCAUACAAUUCAAGAAGAGACAUCAGAACUUUCAAAAGCUCUACCUCAAUCUACAAGAGGAGAAAUAAGUUCAUUUCAAGAACACACAACAGAAGAAAGCAGUUCAUUUCAAGAAUCCAGUGCAGAAGAAAAUCAAAUGACAGAAGUGCCAUGGACACAAUCAAGUUCAAGAACAAAGAGUCAGAGUCAGAGUGUAAAUGAAGACAAAACAUCUCAAGAAGAUACAAGGACGGUAUCGAUUUCUCAAUCAAGAACAACAACAAAUAGUUUACUUACAGAUUUGAGUGCAGAAGAUCAAACAAAGCAAGAGGAAACAUCGGAACUUUCAAAAUCUUUACCUCAAUUAACAACAGAAGAAAGCAGUUCAUUCCAAGAAUCCAGUGCGGAAGAAAAUCUAAUUACAGAAGUACCAUGGACACUAUCAACAUCACUUUCUCAAUCAAGUUCAAAAACAAAAAAUAUAUUUUCGAGUCAGACUGUAAAUGAAGACAACAUUUCUCAAGAAGAUACAAGGACACUAUCAACUUCUUUCCCACAAUCAAGUAAAACAGCAAAUAGUUUACUUACAGUUUCAAGUGCAGAACAGCAUACAAUUCAAGAAGAGACAUCAGAACUUUCAAAAGCUCUACCUCAAUCUACAAGAGGAGAAAUAAGUUCAUUUCAAGAACUCACAACAGAAGAAAGCAGUUCAUUUCAAGAAUCCAGUGCAGAAGAAAAUCAAAUGACAGAAGUGCCAUGGACACAAUCAAGUUCAAGAACAAAGAGUCAGAGUCAGAGUGUAAAUGAAGACAAAACAUCUCAAGAAGAUACAAGGACGGUAUCGAUUUCUCAAUCAAAAACAACAACAAAUAGUUUACUUACAGAUUUGAGUGCAGAAGAUCAAACAAAGCAAGAGGAAACAUCGGAACUUUCAAAAUCUUUACCUCAAUUAACAACAGAAGAAAGCAGUUCAUUCCAAGAAUCCAGUGCGGAAGAAAAUCCAAUUACAGAAGUGCCAUGGACACUAUCAACAUCACUUUUUCAAUUAAGUUCAAACACGAAUAAUAUAUUUUCGAGUCCGAGUGUAAAUGAAGACAACAUUUCUCAAGAAGAUACAAGGACACUAUCAACUUCUUUCCCACAAUCAAGUACAACAGCAAAUAGUUUACUUACAGUUUCAAGUGCAGAAGAGCAUACAAUUCGAGAAGAGACAUCAGAACUUUCAAAAGCUCUACCUCAAUCUACAAGAGGAGAAAUAAGUUCAUUUCAAGAACACACAACAAAAGAAAGUUCAUUUCAAGAAUCCAGUGCAGAAGAUCAAACAAUUCGAGAGGAAACAUCGGAACUUUCAAAAUCUUUACCUCAAUUAACAACAGAAGAAAGCAGUUCAUUUCAAGAAUCCAGUGCAGAGGAAAAUCAAAUGACAGAAGUGCCUUGGACACAAUCAAGUUCAAGAACAAAGAGUCAGAGUCAGAGUGUAAAUGAAGACAAAACAUCUCAAGAAGAUACAAGGACGGUAUCGAUUUCUCAAUCAAAAACAACAACAAAUAGUUUACUUACAGAUUUGAGUGCAGAAGAUCAAACAAAGCAAGAGGAAACAUCGGAACUUUCAAAAUCUUUACCUCAAUUAACAACAGAAGAAAGCAGUUCAUUCCAAGAAUCCAGUGCGGAAGAAAAUCCAAUUACAGAAGUGCCAUGGACAAUAUCAACAUCACUUUUUCAAUUAAGUUCAAACACGAAUAAUAUAUUUUCGAGUCCGAGUGUAAAUGAAGACAACAUUUCUCAAGAAGAUACAAGGACACUAUCAAAUUCUUUCUCACAAUCAAGUACAACAGCAAAUAGUUUACUUACAGUUUCAAGUGCAGAAGAGCAUACAAUUCAAGAAGAGACAUCAGAACUUUCAAAAGCUCUACCUCAAUCUACAAGAGGAGAAAUAAGUUCAUUUCAAGAACUCACAACAGAAGAAAGCAGUUCAUUUCAAGAAUCCAGUGCAGAAGAAAAUCAAAUGACAGAAGUGCCAUGGACACAAUCAAGUUCAAGAACAAAGAGUCAGAGUCAGAGUGUAAAUGAAGACAAAACAUCUCAAGAAGACACAAGGACACUAUCAACUUCCUUCCCACAAUCAAGUACAGCAGCACAUAGUUUACUUACAUAUUCGAGUGCAGAAGAUCAAACAAUUCGAGAGGAAACAUCGGAACUUUCAAAAUCUUUACCUCAAUUAACAACAGAAGAAAGCAGUUCAUUCCAAGAAUCCAGUGCGGAAGAAAAUCCAAUUACAGAAGUACCAUGGACACUAUCAACAUCACUUUCUCAAUCAAGUUCAAACACAAAAAAUAUAUUUUCGAGUCAGACUGUAAAUGAAGACAACAUUUCUCAAGAAGAUACAAGGACACUAUCAACUUCUUUCCCACAAUCAAGUACAACAGCAAAUAGUUUACUUACAGUUUCAAGUGCAGAACAGCAUACAAUUCAAGAAGAGACAUCAGAACUUUCAAAAGCUCUACCUCAAUCUACAAGAGGAGAAAUAAGUUCAUUUCAAGAACUCACAACAGAAGAAAGCAGUUCAUUUCAAGAAUCCAGUGCAGAAGAAAAUCAAAUGACAGAAGUGCCAUGGACACAAUCAAGUUCAAGAACAAAGAGUCAGAGUCAGAGUGUAAAUGAAGACAAAACAUCUCAAGAAGAUACAAGGACGGUAUCGAUUUCUCAAUCAAAAACAACAACAAAUAGUUUACUUACAGAUUUGAGUGCAGAAGAUCAAACAAAGCAAAAGGAAACAUCGGAACUUUCAAAAUCUUUACCUCAAUUAACAACAGAAGAAAGCAGUUCAUUUCAAGAAUCCAGUUCGGAUGAAAAUCAAAUGACAGAAGUACCAUGGACACUAUCAACAUCACUUUUUCAAUUAAGUUCAAACACGAAUAAUAUAUUUUCGAGUCCGAGUGAAAAUAAAGCCAAAACAUCUCAAGAAGAUACAAGAACACUAUCAACUUCUUUCCCACAAUCAAGUACAACAGCAAAUAGUUUACUUACAGAUUCGAGGUCAGAAGAGCAAUCAUCGGAGUUUUCAUCUUUAAUUAUGAUAGAGCCAAUAACGAGCAGUAAACUAUCUACAGAUAAUGCUUGCGAAUGCACUUGCCUAUUAGAACAAGGAAAUGACUCGUGUAUCUGCAACUGUAUUACAGAUCCCACUUCUAUUGAUGUAUCUAUCUUAACAGCAAGCCAAAUAAAUUCAAUCGAAGAUCUUCAGUACUCCUCAAAUCUAAUCAAAGAUCACCGAACAAAGAAUAUAUUUUCGAGUCAAAGUGUAAAUGAAGACAAAACAUCUCAAGAAGAUACAAUGACGGUAUCGAUUUCUCAAUCAAAAACAACAACAAAUAGUUUACUUACAGAUUUGAGUGCAGAAGAUCAAACAAAGCAAGAGGAAACACCGGAACUUUCAAAAUCUUUACCUCAACUUAAAACAGAAGAAAGCAGUUCAUUUCAAGAAUCCAGUUCGGAAGAAAUUCAAAAAACAGAAGUGCCAUGGACACUAUCAACAUCACUUUUUCAAUCAAGUUCAAACACGAAUAAUAUAUUUUCGAGUCAGAGUGUAAAUGAAGCCAAAACAUCCCAAGAAGACACAAGGACACUAUCAACUUCCUUCCCACAAUCAAGUACAGCAGCACAUAGUUUACUUACAUAUUCGAGUGCAGAAGAGCAAACAAUUCGAGAGGAAACAUCGGAACUUUCAAAAUCUUUACCUGAAUUAACAACAGAAGAAAGCAGUUCAUACCAAGAAUCCAGUUCGGAUGAAAAUCAAAUGACAGAAGUACCAUGGACACUAUCAACAUCACUUUUUCAAUUAAGUUCAAACACGAAUAAUAUAUUUUCGAGUCCGAGUGAAAAUAAAGCCAAAACAUCUCAAGAAGAUACAAGAACACUAUCAACUUCUUUCCCACAAUCAAGUACAACAGCAAAUAGUUUACUUACAGAUUCGAGUACACAAGAAAAUACAAAUACCAAAGGAAAAGAUAAAAAUCUGUCAACAUCAUUACAAAUUUUGAGUACAUUACCGUAUCAAAUAUCCCAAAGCGAAAUUGGAAAUCAAUCGCAAUAUGUUCCUGCUUCGAGCACACUAUUCAGUGAUCUUAGCAAAAUUUCAAACACAGACAAAGAUCACCCAACAAAGAAUAUAUUUUCGAGUCAAAGUGUAAAUGAAGACAAAACAUCUCAAGAAGAUACAAGGACGGUAUCGAUUUCUCAAUCAAUAACAAAAACAAAUAGUUUACUUACAGAUUUGAGUGUAGAAGAUCAAACAAAGCAAGAGGUAACAUCGGAACUUUCAAAAUCUUUACCUCAAUUUAAAACAGAAGAAAGCAGUUCAUUUCAAGAAUCCAGUUCGGAAGAAAUUCAAAUAACAGAAGUGCCAUGGACACUAUCAACUUCACUUUUUCAAUCAAAUUCAAACACGAAUAAUAUAUUUUCGAGUCCGAGUGAAAAUAAAGCCAAAACAUCUCAAGAAGAUACAAGAACACUAUCAACUUCUUUCCCACAAUCAAGUACAACAGCAAAUAGUUUACUUACAGUUUCGAGGUCAGAAGAGCAAUCAUCGGAGUUUUCAUCUUUAAUUAUGAUAGAGCCAAUAACGAGCAGUAAACUAUCUACAGAUAAUGCUUGCGAAUGCACUUGCCUAUUAGAACAAGGAAAUGACUCGUGUAUCUGCAACUGUAUUACAGAUCCCACUUCUAUUGAUGUAUCUAUCUUAACAGCAAGCCAAAUAAAUUCAAUCGAAGAUCUUCAGUACUCCUCAAAUCUAAUCAAAGAUCACCGAACAAAGAAUAUAUUUUCGAGUCAAAGUGUAAAUGAAGACAAAACAUCUCAAGAAGAUACAAUGACGGUAUCGAUUUCUCAAUCAAAAACAACAACAAAUAGUUUACUUACAGAUUUGAGUGCAGAAGAUCAAACAAAGCAAGAGGAAACACCGGAACUUUCAAAAUCUUUACCUCAACUUAAAACAGAAGAAAGCAGUUCAUUUCAAGAAUCCAGUUCGGAAGAAAUUCAAAAAACAGAAGUGCCAUGGACACUAUCAACAUCACUUUUUCAAUCAAGUUCAAACACGAAUAAUAUAUUUUCGAGUCCGAGUGUAAAUGAAGCCAAAACAUCCCAAGAAGACACAAGGACACUAUCAACUUCCUUCCCACAAUCAAGUACAGCAGCACAUAGUUUACUUACAUAUUCGAGUGCAGAAGAGCAAACAAUUCGAGAGGAAACAUCGGAACUUUCAAAAUCUUUACCUGAAUUAACAACAGAAGAAAGCAGUUCAUACCAAGAAUCCAGUUCGGAUGAAAAUCAAAUGACAGAAGUACCAUGGACACUAUCAACAUCACUUUUUCAAUUAAGUUCAAACACGAAUAAUAUAUUUUCGAGUCCGAGUGAAAAUAAAGCCAAAACAUCUCAAGAAGAUACAAGAACACUAUCAACUUCUUUCCCACAAUCAAGUACAACAGCAAAUAGUUUACUUACAGAUUCGAGUACACAAGAAAAUACAAAUACCAAAGGAAAAGAUAAAAAUCUGUCAACAUCAUUACAAAUUUUGAGUACAUUACCGUAUCAAAUAUCCCAAAGCGAAAUUGGAAAUCAAUCGCAAUAUGUUCCUGCUUCGAGCACACUAUUCAGUGAUCUUAGCAAAAUUUCAAACACAGACAAAGAUCACCCAACAAAGAAUAUAUUUUCGAGUCAAAGUGUAAAUGAAGACAAAACAUCUCAAGAAGAUACAAGGACGGUAUCGAUUUCUCAAUCAAUAACAAAAACAAAUAGUUUACUUACAGAUUUGAGUGUAGAAGAUCAAACAAAGCAAGAGGUAACAUCGGAACUUUCAAAAUCUUUACCUCAAUUUAAAACAGAAGAAAGCAGUUCAUUUCAAGAAUCCAGUUCGGAUGAAAAUCAAAUGACAGAAGUACCAUGGACACUAUCAACAUCACUUUUUCAAUUAAGUUCAAACACGAAUAAUAUAUUUUCGAGUCCGAGUGAAAAUAAAGCCAAAACAUCUCAAGAAGAUACAAGAACACUAUCAACUUCUUUCCCACAAUCAAAUACAACAGCAAAUAGUUUACUUACAGAUUCGAGGUCAGAAGAGCAAUCAUCGGAGUUUUCAUCUUUAAUUAUGAUAGAGCCAAUAACGAGCAGUAAACUAUCUACAGAUAAUGCUUGCGAAUGCACUUGCCUAUUAGAACAAGGAAAUGACUCGUGUAUCUGCAACUGUAUUACAGAUCCCACUUCUAUUGAUGUAUCUAUCUUAACAGCAAGCCAAAUAAAGUCAAUCGAAGAUCUUCAGUACUCCUCAAAUCUACCUUCAUAUAAAAGUACACAAGAAAAUACAAAUACCAAAGGAAAAGAUAAAAAUCUGUCAACAUCAUUACAAAUUUCGAGUACAUUACCGUAUCAAAUAUCCCAAAGCGAAAUUGGAAAUCAAUCGCAAUAUGUUCCUGCUUCGAGCACACUAUUCAGUGAUCUUAGCAAAAUUUCAAACACAGACAAAGAUCACCCAACAAAGAAUAUAUUUUCGACUCAAAGUGUAAAUGAAGACAAAACAUCUCAAGAAGAUACAAGGACGGUAUCGAUUUCUCAAUCAAAAACAACAACAAAUAGUUUACUUACAGAUUUGAGUGCAGAAGAUCAAACAAAGCAAGAGGAAACUUCUGAACUUUCAAAAUCUUUACCUCAACUUAAAACAGAAGAAAGCAGUUCUUUUCAAGAAUUCAGUUCGGAAGAAAGUCAAAUAACAGAAGUGCCUUGGACACAAUCAAGUUCAAGAACAAAAAGUCAGAGUCAGAGUGUAAAUGAAGACAAAACAUCUAAAGAAGACACAAGGACACUAUCAGCUUCUUUCCCACAAUCAAGAACAGCAGCAAAUAGUUUACUUACAUAUUCGAGUGCAGAAGAGCAAACAAUUCGAGAGGAAACAUCGGAACUUUCAAAAUCUUUACCUCAAUUAACAACAGAAGAAAGCAGUUCAUUCCAAGAAUCCAGUGCGGAAGAAAAUCCAAUUACAGAAGUACCAUGGACGCUAUCAACAUCACUUUCUCAAUCAAGUUCCAAAACAAAAAAUAUAUUUUCGAGUCAGACUGUAAAUGAAGACAACAUUUCUCAAGAAGAUACAAGGACACUAUCAACUUCUUUCCCACAAUCAAGUACAACAGCAAAUAGUUUACUUACAGAUUUGAGUGCAGAAGAUCAAACAAAGCAAGAGGAAACUUCUGAACUUUCAAAAUCUUUACCUCAAUUAACAACAGAAGAAAGCAGUUCAUUCCAAGAAUCCAGUGCGGAAGAAAAUCCAAUUACAGAAGUACCAUGGACGCUAUCAACAUCACUUUCUCAAUCAAGUUCCAAAACAAAAAAUAUAUUUUCGAGUCAGACUGUAAAUGAAGACAACAUUUCUCAAGAAGAUACAAGGACACUAUCAACUUCUUUCCCACAAUCAAGUACAACAGCAAAUAGUUUACUUACAGUUUCAAGUGCAGAAGAGCAUACAAUUCAAGAAGAGACAUCAGAACUUUCAAAAGCUCUACCGCAAUCUACAAGAGGAGAAAUAAGUUCAUUUCAAGAACUCACAACAGAAGAAAGCAGUUCAUUUCAAGAAUCCAGUGCAGAAGAAAAUCAAAUGACAGAAGUGCCUUGGACACAAUCAAGUUCAAGAACAAAGAGUCAGAGUCAGAGUGUAAAUGAAGACAAAACAUCUCAAGAAGAUACAAGGACGGUAUCGAUUUCUCAAUCAAGACCAACAACAAAUAGUUUACUUACAGAUUUGAGUGCAGAAGAUCAAACAAAGCAAGAGGAAACAUCGGAACUUUCAAAAUCUUUACCUCAACUUAAAACAGAAGAAAGCAGUUCUUUUCAAGAAUCCAGUUCGGAAGAAAGUCAAAUAACAGAAGUGCCUUGGACACAAUCAAGUUCAAGAACAAAAAGUCAGAGUCAGAGUGUAAAUGAAGACAAAACAUCUCAAGAAGACACAAGGACACUAUCAACUUCUUUCCCACAAUCAAGUACAGCAGCAAAUAGUUUACUUACAUAUUCGAGUGCAGAAGAGCAAACAAUUCGAGAGGAAACAUCGGAACUUUCAAAAUCUUUACCUCAAUUAACAACAGAAGAAAGCAGUUCAUUCCAAGAAUCCAGUGCGGAAGAAAAUCCAAUUACAGAAGUACCAUGGACGCUAUCAACAUCACUUUCUCAAUCAAGUUCCAAAACAAAAAAUAUAUUUUCGAGUCAGACUGUAAAUGAAGACAACAUUUCUCAAGAAGAUACAAGGACACUAUCAAAUUCUUUCUCACAAUCAAGUACAACAGCAAAUAGUUUACUUACAGUUUCAAGUGCAGAAGAGCAUACAAUUCGAGAAGAGACAUCAGAACUUUCAAAAGCUCUACCUCAAUCUACAAGAGGAGAAAUAAGUUCAUUUCAAGAACUCACAACAGAAGAAAGCAGUUCAUUUCAAGAAUCCAGUGCAGAAGAAAAUCAAAUGACAGAAGUGCCUUGGACACAAUCAAGUUCAAGAACAAAGAGUCAGAGUCAGAGUGUAAAUGAAGACAAAACAUCUCAAGAAGAUACAAGGACGGUAUCGAUUUCUCAAUCAAAAACAACAACAAAUAGUUUACUUACAGAUUUGAGUGCAGAAGAUCAAACAAAGCAAGAGGAAACAUCGGAACUUUCAAAAUCUUUACCUCAACUUAAAACAGAAGAAAGCAAUUCUUUUCAAGAAUCCAGUUCGGAAGAAAGUCAAAUAACAGAAGUGCCUUGGACACAAUCAAGUUUAAGAACAAAAAGUCAGAGUCAGAGUGUAAAUGAAAACAAAACAUCUCAAGAAGACACAAGGACACUAUCAGCUUCUUUCCCACAAUCAAGUACAGCAGCAAAUAGUUUACUUACAUAUUCGAGUGCAGAAGAGCAAACAAUUCGAGAGGAAACAUCGGAACUUUCAAAAUCUUUACCUCAAUUAACAACAGAAGAAAGCAGUUCAUUCCAAGAAUCCAGUGCGGAAGAAAAUCCAAUUACAGAAGUACCAUGGACACUAUCAACAUCACUUUCUCAAUCAAGUUCCAAAACAAAAAAUAUAUUUUCGAGUCAGACUGUAAAUGAAGACAACAUUUCUCAGGAAGAUACAAGAACACUAUCAACUUCUUUCCCACAAUCAAGUACAACAGCAAAUAGUUUACUUACAGUUUCAAGUGCAGAAGAGCAUACAAUUCGAGAAGAGACAUCAGAACUUUCAAAAGCUCUACCUCAAUCUACAAGAGGAGAAAUAAGUUCAUUUCAAGAACUCACAACAGAAGAAAGCAGUUCAUUUCAAGAAUCCAGUGCAGAGGAAAAUCAAAUGACAGAAGUGCCUUGGACACAAUCAAGUUCAAGAACAAAGAGUCAGAGUCAGAGUCAGAGUGUAAAUGAAGACAAAACAUCUCAAGAAGAUACAAGAACGGUAUCGAUUUCUCAAUCAAAAACAACAACAAAUAGUUUACUUACAGAUUUGAGUGCAGAAGAUCAAACAAAGCAAGAGGAAACUUCUGAACUUUCAAAAUCUUUACCUCAACUUAAAACAGAAGAAAGCAGUUCUUUUCAAGAAUUCAGUUCGGAAGAAAGUCAAAUAACAGAAGUGCCUUGGACACAAUCAAGUUCAAGAACAAAAAGUCAGAGUCAGAGUGUAAAUGAAGACAAAACAUCUAAAGAAGACACAAGGACACUAUCAGCUUCUUUCCCACAAUCAAGAACAGCAGCAAAUAGUUUACUUACAUAUUCGAGUGCAGAAGAGCAAACAAUUCGAGAGGAAACAUCGGAACUUUCAAAAUCUUUACCUCAAUUAACAACAGAAGAAAGCAGUUCAUUCCAAGAAUCCAGUGCGGAAGAAAAUCCAAUUACAGAAGUACCAUGGACGCUAUCAACAUCACUUUCUCAAUCAAGUUCCAAAACAAAAAAUAUAUUUUCGAGUCAGACUGUAAAUGAAGACAACAUUUCUCAAGAAGAUACAAGGACACUAUCAACUUCUUUCCCACAAUCAAGUACAACAGCAAAUAGUUUACUUACAGAUUUGAGUGCAGAAGAUCAAACAAAGCAAGAGGAAACUUCUGAACUUUCAAAAUCUUUACCUCAAUUAACAACAGAAGAAAGCAGUUCAUUCCAAGAAUCCAGUGCGGAAGAAAAUCCAAUUACAGAAGUACCAUGGACGCUAUCAACAUCACUUUCUCAAUCAAGUUCCAAAACAAAAAAUAUAUUUUCGAGUCAGACUGUAAAUGAAGACAACAUUUCUCAAGAAGAUACAAGGACACUAUCAACUUCUUUCCCACAAUCAAGUACAACAGCAAAUAGUUUACUUACAGUUUCAAGUGCAGAAGAGCAUACAAUUCAAGAAGAGACAUCAGAACUUUCAAAAGCUCUACCGCAAUCUACAAGAGGAGAAAUAAGUUCAUUUCAAGAACUCACAACAGAAGAAAGCAGUUCAUUUCAAGAAUCCAGUGCAGAAGAAAAUCAAAUGACAGAAGUGCCUUGGACACAAUCAAGUUCAAGAACAAAGAGUCAGAGUCAGAGUGUAAAUGAAGACAAAACAUCUCAAGAAGAUACAAGGACGGUCUCGAUUUCUCAAUCAAGACCAACAACAAAUAGUUUACUUACAGAUUUGAGUGCAGAAGAUCAAACAAAGCAAGAGGAAACAUCGGAACUUUCAAAAUCUUUACCUCAACUUAAAACAGAAGAAAGCAGUUCUUUUCAAGAAUCCAGUUCGGAAGAAAGUCAAAUAACAGAAGUGCCUUGGACACAAUCAAGUUCAAGAACAAAAAGUCAGAGUCAGAGUGUAAAUGAAGACAAAACAUCUCAAGAAGACACAAGGACACUAUCAACUUCUUUCCCACAAUCAAGUACAGCAGCACACAGUUUACAUACAUAUUCGAGCGCAGAAGAGCAAACAAUUCGAGAGGAAACAUCGGAACUUUCAAAAGCUCUAUCUCAAUCUACAAGAGGAGAAAUAAGUUCAUUUCAAGAAAACACAACAGAAGAAAGCAGUUCAUUUCAAGAAUCCAGUGCAGAAGAAAAUCAAAUGACAGAAGUGCCAUGGACACAAUCAAGUUCAAGAACAAAGAGCCAGAGUCAGAGUGUAAAUGAAGACAAAACAUCUCAAGAAGAUUCAAAGACGGUAUCGAUUUCUCAAUCAAGAACAACAACAAAUAGUUUACUUACAGAUUUGAGUGCAGAAGAUCAAACAAAGCAAGAGGAAACAUCGGAACUUUCAAAAUCUUUACCUCAACUUAAAACAGAAGAAAGCAAUUCUUUUCAAGAAUCCAGUUCGGAAGAAAGUCAAAUAACAGAAGUGCCAUGGACACUAUCAACAUCACUUUCUCAAUCAAGUUCAAACACGAAUAAUAUAUUUUCGAGUCCGAGUGUAAAUGAAGACAACAUUUCUCAAGAAGAUACAAGGACACUAUCAACUUCUUUCCCACAAUCAAGUACAACAGCAAAUAGUUUACUUACAGUUUCAAGUGCAGAAGAGCAUACAAUUCAAGAAGAGACACCAGAACUUUCAAAAGCUCUACCUCAAUCUACAAGAGGAGAAAUAAGUUCAUUUCAAGAAAACACAACAGAAGAAAGCAGUUCAUUUCAAGAAUCCAGUGCAGAAGAAAAUCAAAUGACAGAAGUGCCUUGGACACAAUCAAGUUCAAGAACAAAGAGUCAGAGUCAGAGUCAGAGUGUAAAUGAAGACAAAACAUCUGAAGAAGAUACAAGGACGGUAUCGAUUUCUCAAUCAAAAACAACAACAAAUAGUUUACUUACAGAUUUGAGUGCAGAAGAUCAAACAAAGCAAGAGGAAACUUCUGAACUUUCAAAAUCUUUACCUCAAUUAACAACAGAAGAAAGCAGUUCAUUCCAAGAAUCCAGUGCGGAAGAAAAUCCAAUUACAGAAGUACCAUGGACGCUAUCAACAUCACUUUCUCAAUCAAGUUCAAACACAAAAAAUAUAUUUUCGAGUCAGACUGUAAAUGAAGACAACAUUUCUCAAGAAGAUACAAGGACACUAUCAACUUCUUUCCCACAAUCAAGUACAACAGCAAAUAGUUUACUUACAGUUUCAAGUGCAGAACAGCAUACAAUUCAAGAAGAGACAUCAGAACUUUCAAAAGCUCUAACAGAAGAAAGCAGUUCAUUUCAAGAAUCCAGUGGAGAAGAAAAUCAAAUGACAGAAGUGCCAUGGACAGAAUCAAGUUCAAGAACAAAGAGUCAGAGUCAGAGUGUAAAUGAAGACAAAACAUCUCAAGAAGAUACAAGGACGGUAUCGAUUUCUCAAUCAAAAACAACAACAAAUAGUUUACUUACAGAUUUGAGUGCAGAAGAUCAAACAAAGCAAGAGGAAACUUCUGAACUUUCAAAAUCUUUACCUCAACUUAAAACAGAAGAAAGCAGUUCUUUUCAAGAAUUCAGUUCGGAAGAAAGUCAAAUAACAGAAGUGCCAUGGACACUAUCAACAUCACUUUCUCAAUCAAGUUCAAACACGAAUAAUAUAUUUUCGAGUCCGAGUGUAAAUGAAGACAACAUUUCUCAAGAAGAUACAAGGACACUAUCAACUUCUUUCCCACAAUCAAGUACAACAGCAAAUAGUUUACUUACAGUUUCAAGUGCAGAAGAGCAUACAAUUCAAGAAGAGACACCAGAACUUUCAAAAGCUCUACCUCAAUCUACAAGAGGAGAAAUAAGUUCAUUUCAAGAAAACACAACAGAAGAAAGCAGUUCAUUUCAAGAAUCCAGUGCAGAAGAAAAUCAAAUGACAGAAGUGCCUUGGACACAAUCAAGUUCAAGAACAAAGAGUCAGAGUCAGAGUGUAAAUGAAGACAAAACAUCUGAAGAAGAUACAAGGACGGUAUCGAUUUCUCAAUCAAAAACAACAACAAAUAGUUUACUUACAGAUUUGAGUGCAGAAGAUCAAACAAAGCAAGAGGAAACUUCUGAACUUUCAAAAUCUUUACCUCAAUUAACAACAGAAGAAAGCAGUUCAUUCCAAGAAUCCAGUGCGGAAGAAAAUCCAAUUACAGAAGUACCAUGGACGCUAUCAACAUCACUUUCUCAAUCAAGUUCCAAAACAAAAAAUAUAUUUUCGAGUCAGACUGUAAAUGAAGACAACAUUUCUCAAGAAGAUACAAGGACACUAUCAACUUCUUUCCCACAAUCAAGUACAACAGCAAAUAGUUUACUUACAGUUUUAAGUGCAGAAGAGCAUACAAUUCAAGAAGAGACAUCAGAACUUUCAAAAGCUCUACCGCAAUCUACAAGAGGAGAAAUAAGUUCAUUUCAAGAACUCACAACAGAAGAAAGCAGUUCAUUUCAAGAAUCCAGUGCAGAAGAAAAUCAAAUGACAGAAGUGCCUUGGACACAAUCAAGUUCAAGAACAAAGAGCCAGAGUCAGAGUGUAAAUGAAGACAAAACAUCUCAAGAAGAUUCAAAGACGGUAUCGAUUUCUCAAUCAAGAACAACAACAAAUAGUUUACUUUCAGAUUUGAGUGCAGAAGAUCAAACAAAGCAAGAGGAAACAUCGGAACUUUCAAAAUCUUUACCUCAACUUAAAACAGAAGAAAGCAAUUCUUUUCAAGAAUCCAGUUCGGAAGAAAGUCAAAUAACAGAAGUGCCUUGGACACAAUCAAGUUCAAGAACAAAAAGUCAGAGUCAGAGUGUAAAUGAAGACAAAACAUCUCAAGAAGACACAAGGACACUAUCAACUUCUUUCCCACAAUCAAGUACAGCAGCACACAGUUUACAUACAUAUUCGAGCGCAGAAGAGCAAACAAUUCGAGAGGAAACAUCGGAACUUUCAAAAUCUUUACCUCAAUUAACAACAGAAGAAAGCAGUUCAUUCCAAGAAUCCAGUGCGGAAGAAAAUCAAAUGACAGAAGUACCAUGGACACUAUCAACAUCACUUUCUCAAUCAAGUUCAAACACAAAAAAUAUAUUUUCGAGUCAGACUGUAAAUGAAGACAACAUUUCUCAAGAAGAUACAAGGACACUAUCAACUUCUUUCCCACAAUCAAGUACAACAGCAAAUAGUUUACUUACAGUUUCAAGUGCAGAACAGCAUACAAUUCAAGAAGAGACAUCAGAACUUUCAAAAGCUCUACCUCAAUCUACAAGAGGAGAAAUAAGUUCAUUUCAAGAACUCACAACAGAAGAAAGCAGUUCAUUUCAAGAAUCCAGUGGAGAAGAAAAUCAAAUGACAGAAGUGCCAUGGACAGAAUCAAGUUCAAGAACAAAGAGUCAGAGUCAGAGUGUAAAUGAAGACAAAACAUCUGAAGAAGAUACAAGGACGGUAUCGAUUUCUCAAUCAAAAACAACAACAAAUAGUUUACUUACAGAUUUGAGUGCAGAAGAUCAAACAAAGCAAGAGGAAACAUCGGAACUUUCAAAAUCUUUACCUCAAUUAACAACAGAAGAAAGCAGUUCAUUCCAAGAAUCCAGUGCGGAAGAAAAUCCAAUUACAGAAGUGCCAUGGACACUAUCAACAUCACUUUCUCAAUCAAGUUCAAACACGAAUAAUAUAUUUUCGAGUCCGAGUGUAAAUGAAGACAACAUUUCUCAAGAAGAUACAAGGACACUAUCAACUUCUUUCCCACAAUCAAGUACAACAGCAAAUAGUUUACUUACAGUUUCAAGUGCAGAAGAGCAUACAAUUCAAGAAGAGACACCAGAACUUUCAAAAGCUCUACCUCAAUCUACAAGAGGAGAAAUAAGUUCAUUUCAAGAAAACACAACAGAAGAAAGCAGUUCAUUUCAAGAAUCCAGUGCAGAAGAAAAUCAAAUGACAGAAGUGCCAUGGACACAAUCAAGUUCAAGAACAAAGAGCCAGAGUCAGAGUGUAAAUGAAGACAAAACAUCUCAAGAAGAUUCAAAGACGGUAUCGAUUUCUCAAUCAAGAACAACAACAAAUAGUUUACUUACAGAUUUGAGUGCAGAAGAUCAAACAAAGCAAGAGGAAACAUCGGAACUUUCAAAAUCUUUACCUCAACUUAAAACAGAAGAAAGCAAUUCUUUUCAAGAAUCCAGUUCGGAAGAAAGUCAAAUAACAGAAGUGCCUUGGACACAAUCAAGUUCAAGAACAAAAAGUCAGAGUCAGAGUGUAAAUGAAGACAAAACAUCUCAAGAAGACACAAGGACACUAUCAACUUCUUUCCCACAAUCAAGUACAGCAGCACACAGUUUACAUACAUAUUCGAGCGCAGAAGAGCAAACAAUUCGAGAGGAAACAUCGGAACUUUCAAAAGCUCUACUUCAAUCUACAAGAGGAGAAAUAAGUUCAUUUCAAGAAAACACAACAGAAGAAAGCAGUUCAUUUCAAGAAUCCAGUGCAGAAGAAAAUCAAAUGACAGAAGUGCCAUGGACACAAUCAAGUUCAAGAACAAAGAGCCAGAGUCAGAGUGUAAAUGAAGACAAAACAUCUCAAGAAGAUUCAAAGACGGUAUCGAUUUCUCAAUCAAGAACAACAACAAAUAGUUUACUUACAGAUUUGAGUGCAGAAGAUCAAACAAAGCAAGAGGAAACAUCGGAACUUUCAAAAUCUUUACCUCAACUUAAAACAGAAGAAAGCAGUUCUUUUCAAGAAUUCAGUUCGGAAGAAAGUCAAAUAACAGAAGUGCCUUGGACACUAUCAAGUGCAACAACAAAAAGUCAGAGUCAGAGUGUAAAUGAAGACAAAACAUCUCAAGAAGACACAAGGGCACUAUCAACUUCUUUCCCACAAUCAAGUACAGCAGCAAAAAGUUUACCUACAUAUUCGAGUGCAGAAGAGCAAACAAUUCGAGAGGAAACAUCGGAACUUUUAAAAUCUUUACCUCAAUUAACAACAGAAGAAAGCAGUUCAUUCCAAGAAUCCAGUGCGGAAGAAAAUCCAAUUACAGAAGUACCAUGGACACUAUCAACAUCACUUUCUCAAUCAAGUUCAAAAACAAAAAAUAUAUUUUCGAGUCAGACUGUAAAUGAAGACAACAUUUCUCAAGAAGAUACAAGGACACUAUCGAUUUCUCAAUCAAGGACAAUAACUUCUUUCCCACAAUCAAGUACAACAGCAAAUAGUUUACUUACAGUUUCAAGUGCAGAAGAGCAUACAAUUCAAGAAGAGACACCAGAACUUUCAAAAGCUCUACCUCAAUCUACAAGAGGAGAUACAAGUUCAUUUCAAGAAAACACAACAGAAGAAAGCAGUUCAUUUUACGAAUCCAGUGCAGAAGAAAAUCAAAUGACAGAAGUGCCUUGGACACAAUCAAGUUCAAGAACAAAGAGUCAGAGUCAGAGUGUAAAUGAAGACAAAACAUAUCAAGAAGAUACAAUGACGGUAUCGAUUUCUCAAUCAAGACCAACAACAAAUAGUUUACUUACAGAUUUGAGUGCAGAAGAUCAAACAAAGCAAGAGGAAACAUCGGAACUUUCAAAAUCUUUACCUCAACUUAAAACAGAAGAAAGCAGUUCUUUUCAAGAAUCCAGUUCGGAAGAAAGUCAAAUAACAGAAGUGCCUUGGACACAAUCAAGUUCAAGAACAAAAAGUCUGAGUCAGAGUGUAAAUGAAGACAAAACUUCUCAAGAGGAUACAAGGACACUAUCGAUUUCUCAAUCAAGAACAAUAACAAAUAGUUUACGUACAGAUUUAAGUGCAGAAGGUCAAACAAUUAAAGAGGAAACAUCAGAACUUGCAAGAUCUGUAUCUCACUUAACAACGGAAGAACGCAAUUCAUUUCAAGAAUAUAGUUCAGAACAAAAUGAAAUGACAGAAGUGUCAUGGACACUAUCGACUUCACUUCCUCGAUCAAGCUUAAAUACUAUAACAACUACUGAGACUUCCGAGCAACCGCUUUGUUUGUGUACUUGCGUAAUUGAUCCUGAUGAGGAUAUUUGCUCGUGUAAUUGCAAAAUAAGAAAAAGUAUACCGACAGGAAGAACUACCUUACAGCAUUCUCAGUGGGAUGGUUCCUCUACGAAGCCGCUCGAGCUUAAUAGGACACAAAACCUAACAACUGCUGACACUACACAAAACUCUACAACCAUCAGACUUUUGUCUAAGGAACCCACACAACCCCUUACAUUUUCGAAGUUAAGCACCACACAAAUUAUUACCGAAAAGAGCACAACCAAUAAUUUAUCGGUGCAUUCUUAUAUUGAUAAGUCAACAAUUUCAACUCAGCCAUAUUCUGAUACGGACACUACCAAGUACUCCUCGUCCGUCGGAGUUUUGUCUGAGGAAAGUUCAAAGUUAACCAAACAAAAUAUAACCGAGGAAAGCACAACUAAUAUCUUAUCGUUGUCUUCUAAUAUUGCUACGUCAACAAUAUUAACUCAGCCACAUUCUUAUACGGACAAAUCAGAAACAAUACGAAACCAAACAACUGCUGGCCACACUACGCAGAACUCUACAACCGUCGGACUUUUGUCUAAGGAACCCACACAAACCCUUACAUUUUCGAAGUUAAGCACCACACAAAUUAUUACCGAAAAGAGCACAACCAAUAAUUUAUCGGUGCAUUCUUAUAUUGAUAAGUCAACAAUUUCAACUCAGCCAUAUUCUGAUACGGACACUACCAAGUACUCCUCGUCCGUCGGAGUUUUGUCUGAGGAAAGUUCAAAGUUAACCAAACAAAAUAUAACCGAGGAAAGCACAACUAAUAUCUUAUCGUUGUCUUCUAAUAUUUCUACGUCAACAACAUUAACUCAGCCACAUUCUUAUACGGACAAAUCAGAAACAAUACGAAACCAAACAACUGCUGGCCACACUACGCAGAACUCUACAACCGUCGGACUUUUGUCUAAGGAACCCACACAAACCCUUACAUUUUCGAAGUUAAGCACCACACAAAUUAUUAUCGAAAAGAGCACAACCAAUAAUUUAUCGGUGCAUUCUUAUAUUGAUAAGUCAACAAUUUCAACUCAGCCAUAUUCUGAUACGGACACUACCAAGUACUCCUCGUCCGUCGGAGUUUUGUCUGAGGAAAGUUCAAAGUUAACCAAAAAAAAUAUAACCGAGGAAAGCACAACUAAUAUCUUAUCGUUGUCUUCUAAUAUUUCUACGUCAACAACAUUAACUCAGCCACAUUCUUAUACGGACAAAUCAGAAACAAUACGAAACCAAACAACUGCUGGCCACACUACGCAGAACUCUACAACCGUCGGACUUUUGUCUAAGGAACCCACACAAACCCUUACAUUUUCGAAGUUAAGCACCACACAAAUUAUUAUCGAAAAGAGCACAACCAAUAAUUUAUCGGUGCAUUCUUAUAUUGAUAAGUCAACAAUUUCAACUCAGCCAUAUUCUGAUACGGACACUACCAAGUACUCCUCGUCCGUCGGAGUUUUGUCUGAGGAAAGUUCAAAGUUAACCAAAAAAAAUAUAACCGAGGAAAGCACAACUAAUAUCUUAUCGUUGUCUUCUAAUAUUUCUACGUCAACAACAUUAACUCAGCCACAUUCUUAUACGGACAAAUCAGAAACAAUACGAAACCAAACAACUGCUGGCCACACUACGCAGAACUCUACAACCGUCGGACUUUUGUCUAAGGAACCCACACAAACCCUUACAUUUUCGAAGUUAAGCACCACACAAAUUAUUACCGAAAAGAGCACAACCAAUAAUUUAUCGGUGCAUUCUUAUAUUGAUAAGUCAACAAUUUCAACUCAACCAUAUUCUGAUACGGACACUUCCAAGUACUCCACAUCCGUCGGAGUUUUGUCUGAGGAAAGUUCAAAGUUAACCAAACAAAAUAUAAGCGAGAAAAGCACAACUAAUAUCUUAUCGUUGCCUUCUAAUAUUGCUACGUCAACAACAUUAACUCAGACACGUUCUUAUACGGACAGAACAGAAACAACACGAAACCAAACAAGUGCAGAGCACACUUUCAAGUACUCUACAACUGUCGGAUUUUUGUCUGAGGAACCCACAAAUAAAACCUCUACAUUUUCAAAGUUUGAACCGACCGAGCACAUCAGCACCAAUAAAAAAUUUACUGAAAAUGGCACAACCGAAUAUGUGAUAUCGCAAUCGAAUAAGACUUAUAGUGAUAGCCAAUUGAUCUCGACAACUGAAAAUGUUGAACUUACAGCAAGCUCACAGCCCACAGAUGUAAAUGUCUGGAAGGAAAUCGACAAAAGACUUGAUGACCUACAAAAUAAGUAUACGAUUCGAGAUAACAACUUUUUAGAUAAUUCUGAGUUUAAGGAAAAAUUUAGUCAGAUAAAUUCGUCGAUACAUUUGAAUCAACUUCCGGGUAAUAUUAGAGCUAGUCUGUAUGCAAAUUUCACGAUUUACGACAAGAUAAGAAUCGAACUGGAGGCCAUAAUUUUAUUUAAGCUCAACCAAAUUUUGGAAAAUAUGAACACAACGAAAUCGACUCCAGCAUGCAUUGAUCAUUAUAAAUACAUGGCCAAAAAUCUAGUAACGGGCUUGUCUAUGUCAAAUACUGAAAAGUGGAACAUAAUAAGAAAAAGUCACCUAAUAUGUCAUAUAACUCAGAAUAUAACAGUCACUAAACCAACAGUACCACCCACCACUCAAACUUCCACAGUCUCAAAAACUAUGGGAGGAUUUGCUGCAUAUUAUUGUAAUCAACAGAUAAUGAACUUAAUCGUUACAAAAUAUUCUCUGAGCCCAAACAAUGAAUCGAUUCCAAUUUCACCAAAGGACCCGUGCACUUCAAUACUACAAAAAAUUAGUCAAGCCCAUCAGCAUAAUGAUUCCAGUCACAGUGCGGAAUUCGACACCAUAAUUGUAAAGAUAAAGACAGCAAUCAAACAGAAUUGGACAACUAACAAAAAAGCGCUAUUAAUAAGGGAGUACUUGGAGUUUGAAAAAUUGCGAAAAUAUCUUGAUCAUAUUUUGGCUGGAAAAAUUGAGGAAUGCGAUAUGCGCCUUGCAGUAGUUAAAAGUAGAAAGUGUUGGAACUAUUACACAAAACUGAAGGUGAUGUUCCAUAAGGCAAUGCAAGAGACGAGUGCCAGAAAACAGUAUUUAAUAGGUAAUAUAUCAAUGGUAUGCAGUGAUAACAUUGUGUGAACAGAUAAUUUGUUUAUGUGAAAACAAAUAAAAUGGCUUAAGAAUUGAAAAUAGUAACCAA